CCUAGUGCAGGCAGUUGCAUCCUGAGCUGACAGCAGUGUGUGUUUGUGCCCCUGUCACUGGAACACGCAGUGAGGGAUCGCAGAAAGGAACCCUGCUGAUGUCAUCGCCUGCAUUUAUCGCCACAACCUCGCCUGGGCAUUUCAGUAUUUUUGUGCAUUGCUCACUUUCUUCUCCCACGCUUCAUAAAUCCUUCUAAAAGCUGGUAUUGUUCUGGUUAGCCCUUGCCUCACUGUCAUAGUGUUUCUUUGUCUGCUUUAUCUUUUAUUUUUAACCCCUUAAAGGCGGUGUACUGGAUUUUACAUCCUCUUGGUAACACCCACUCUCACUUUUUUCACUUUGUUACAUUUCUAUUUUCCCACAGUGCAAAAACAACUUUUUUUUUUUUUUUGUAUAUUUUUGCUAUUUUUAUUUAAUAUAUUUAUUGGAGCUGUACUUCUUCUCUGCCCUGCUUAGUCUCUCUUCUCAAUUAACCCCCUUCUCUACACACUCACACUGCACAUUGUUGUCACUACACUUUAUGGUGAUAGCAACUACUGCUUCUCUUACACCAGCCUUAGUUGCAUAGUUUUUAGACCAUAAGAAAAAAAAAAAUUAAAUAUUGUAUGGUCGGUGGACAAGACUACCAAGAAGAGACUGCUAAGAGGCCCAUUUUACCACGCGGAGAGCUGAUAAUUGUAACAGACAAGGUAAACAUUCUGAAGCAUUGCUGCUGUUCAUUUCAACAAACUAACCUUUGGCAUUCCAUGAUUGCAACAUAACCAAAACUGCUUUUUAAGGGACACACUGAGCACCAGAACCACUCUCUCUUAAUGUAGUGGUUUUGGUUCACAGACACUGUCCCUUUUCUCUGCUAAUGUAAAACAUUGCCAUUUCUGUGAAACAGUGAUGUUUACGUUUGUCAAAGAAAAUGUCACUAGUAUCUGUCUGACAAAUGGCCCCUAUCACCAAUUCCUUUGUUACACCCUUAAAUUUAAAAAAAAAAAGUCUUCUUCAUGUUGUGUAGAGCUUUGUGUGACGAGAAGCAUUGAAUUGACUAAAAUAGUAAAAGCCAUGUAUUUGCCCUGGGCCCACAGUCUGCAAAGGCAUGUGAUAAGAACAGGGAUCAUUAGUGUUGAUGAUUUCACAUUAGGAGAAUCGGGUUGAAAUUCUCAAACUGUCCCAGCGUUGGAUUACAGGUUUGUUUAAUUGCUUUGUGUGCUUUUAAUAAAAAAAAAAAAAGUGUGUGUGUGUGUGUGUGUGUGUGUGUGUAUAUAUAUAUAUAUAUAUAUAUAUAUAUAUAUAUAUAUAUAUAUAUAUAUAUAUAUAUAUAUAUAUAUAAUUAUAAUGGCUGGUUGAGAGGAACCAAUGAAGUGGUGAGUGAGCAUCAUGGGAAUGGUGCCCCACAACAACCAGCAUGCCAAAAAUUAGACAUCACGGCACAAGCUAUGAAGGUUAUCAACUAAAUGGGGAGCUCGCUAAGAAAUUACAAACUUUAGGUCGAACUACAAAAUAGUCAAACUGAAAAAAAUACCCAUGUCAGCUGUUUUUCCAGCUCAAGUGCUUUGGUCCUUCAUUUGUAAUUUCUUGUUAUUUUACUGAGAAACUGCUAUAACCCUGGUUUGCAAAACAUACGAUAAAGUUUCCGAUUUGCAAAUAUGAACUCUUUGUAGUGACAACUUUACUUUUUUUUUCUUUUUUUUUUUUUCUUUACCUAAAUUCUGAAAUUCCAUUGUAAAUUCUCUAUAAUUUUGAUUCUUGCUACAUAAACUCACUAGUCUAUGUGUUUAAUCUUAUGAGGUUUCUCACUACACCAAGCCUUGGCAAAGGAAUUGGGAAUUUUACUAUUAAAUAGCUAAAAAGCAAAAGUCCUUCAACUUUGUUAAUAUUCCUACUUGGCUAUUUAGGACUAGAUUUUGAUAUUUCCUUGUCAGUUAUCCACAGUUGUCCUGGGUUAUUGAAUAAACCCAUUAAUGUUUUUCUUUUAUAAUGGACUACUGGCAUGCCCAGAAUUCUUACUUUAUGAAUAAUGCAAAAAGUUAUGUAUUGGAUAAAUUACCAUGCAUAUUAAAGGACCACUCUAGGCACCCAGACCACUUCAGCUUAAUGAAGUGGUCUGGGUGCCAGGUCCAGCUAGGGUUAACCCAUUUUUUCAUAAACAUAGCAGUUUCAGAGAAACUGCUAUGUUUAUGAAUGGGUUAAGCCCUCCCCCAUUCCCUCUAGUGGCUGUCUUAUUGACAGCCACUAGAGGCGCUUGCGUGCUUCUCACUGUGAUUUUCACAGUGAGAGCACGCCAGCAUCCAUAGGAAAGCUUUAUGAAUGCUUUCCUAUGUGACCAGUUGAAUGCGCGCGCAGCUCUUGCCGCGUGUGCGCAUUCAGCCGACGGGGCGGAGAGGAGGAGGAGAGCUCUCCGCCCAGCGCUGGAAAAAGGUACGUUUUAACACUUUUCCCCUUUCCAGAGCCGGGCGGGAGGGGGUCCCUGAGGGUGGGGGCACCCUCAGGGCACUACAGUGCCAGGAAAACAAGUAUGUUUUCCUGGCACUAUAGUGGUCCUUUAGAAUCAGCAAUUUAGAGCUUUAGUUUUUAAGGGGUUUUGAAGCGACAACCUCUACAUUAAAGGAAGACUAUAGUGUUCGUAAUACAAACCUUGCUUUUGUUCCCAUCACCGAGAAAAAUAAAGUAAUAUCGGGGAUGAAAAUCGUGCGUGAGGCAGGUUUACACUCCUGUUGGAGGUUACCUGUGAAAACAGACUUUUACUCUGUUGUCACAGUGGAAGUGCUUCCAUGGCUGUCAGACAAUCGCUAGAGACGUAUGUUACCCUGCAGUGUAAGCAUUGCUAUAUCCACCAAAUGGCAAUGUUUUACAUCUCGGUGUUAAAAAUAAAGGACCACUGCACCCAGACCAUUGAGAUGAAGUGGUCUGAGUGCCUUUGGUGGUCCUUUAAGAUGUUUAGUAUACAGUAAUGUUGCAUCUGUGUAAAAGGAACCUUCUGUGGAUCAUUAUAUUUAUUGUUUUAAAGUGAGUUAUAGUAUGGCUUUUAAAUCCAGGCAGGAGUUGCCAGUCAUGCUGUCUCUUGUUAGUAAUUAUGUAACAGCGCUUUGUGAAGGAUUAGCUGUAAAGUGCUCAGAAAGCAUCUUUUGUUAAACCAUAAAAGUUUUUAUGAAUGUCAUUGUGUUAACCCCUUCCCUAUUGAGCCUCUUCAGUAAACAAAAAUGUGCUAAUAAACUGUAAUAUUUGUUUGAACAGAUGGUUUGUUUUUCUAAAUAACUUCCAUUGUGUAGUUUAAUUUCCUGUCCCUCUAUUCAAAGUUGCUUUUUUGAUCUAAUAAUGUUGUAGAAGAUCUCAUGAUGUGGGUUUCUGGUAGUUGUAGUUCAGCUUUUGGCUUUCUACCUUGUAAAGCUGACAGUUAAGUUAGAACACUGAGAAACUCUUGCCAUGCCCAAAAAGCAUUGCUCAUGGGAUAAGCUUAACUGCACUGUAGAGUUAUGUGGGUAGCAUGACUGUCUGACUCAAUUCCUGGUUUUGGCAAAGAUUACUGAAGAAGCUGUAAAUCUUGAGGAUUUGUUUGUGUGUAAAGAAGCAUGCUUGUGUAAAUGAAAAUAUGUAACAUGUGCAGAUGACAUAUUCCUAGUGCUUUGCAGAUCUAUUUAAAUUUACAUAUAUUUUCUCUUUCUAUAUAUUACUAAUGCUAUUCUCUCAUACCCAGUCCAUGUUAUAACUAUAAAUAUUGUGCAGUAAGCUGGGUGUUUGUUUUUAAAAUCAAUAAAAUUGACAUUGCUUUCACAGGUAAAGGAGAACAAGAUGUCACGUCGCAGUAAACGACUGGGGACUGUUGAGCAGGAUGAUGACCGCAUCAGCAACAGCAGUGUAGAGAGCCAUUUGUUAUACAGGGAGAGUCCAGUAAGGUGAAUUUAUGAGACGUUAUUCUGUAUCUGGGUUUUUUCAGUGUCUGUCUGUUAUUACAUCUGUGGUGGUUUAGGUGACUUCUUUUCCACCACAUCCUUUUGUGUAUAAGAAGCAAUAAAAUAUUCGUAGUGUCAUAUCCUGCUCUUCACAAAGAGGAAAUCACACUUACACAGGAAGCUUUGUGGUCCCUAGUUACAUACACAGCCCCACCUCUACAUUGCCCAGAUGAACAAUCUUUUUCCCCUUACUGUCACUACCAUGGGAUCACAUCGGCAAGACUUUGUACCACAUUACAGCCAUUCCGCAACAAGUGUCUGUUGCGUUCAUUAUUCCUUGUUUAUCUAUCAGUAAUCAGCAGAUCAUGUGUUGGCAUAACUCACCAGAUGUACAGAAGGAGAAUGUACCUUUUGCUAGGAUGUAUGUAAAGCAGUGGAACUGAUCUAACAAGUCAUAAGAAAGACAUGCAAAUAAAAAUGAUAUUAAAUGCAAUUUCUUUAAAAAAAAUUAUGAUGGUGGCAGGAGAAAACUCCCAGAAUAAAUGAUUUAUUGAAAAUGUGUUUCACUUUGGAAUUUUACUUUAGUUUUUUUUUGCCAUCAUCAAUGUGACACUGACUUAUACUUUAAAAACAAUAUUAAGUGCCAGUUCAUGGAAUUUAGCCACUCUAGAAAAAAAUCCAGUUUAUUAUUUCCCGUUAUAUCUAUAUCACAGCUCCUAUGAAAGUCCCUCAUCUCUCUCUACAGAAGUCCUUUUUUUUUAUUUUUUUUAUUUUUUGUCAUAUACACCUUAAUUUGUCUCUGCCACGAAUGAUGGGAGUUGGGAGUUGCAUGUGGGUCAGAGUAUCAUGAUAGUUGUGGUUGUGUUGGCGGUUGCAUGGGUGUUAUGUGAGGUAUGUGUGUAAUGGGAGUCAUAUGAGUGUGGCAGGUGUAAUCCCUGGCUUUCCUUCCUUGAAGUGGGUUACCUUUAGAUUAUGCAGGUAAACUCAUAAAUGUGUCUAUGGUAAGCGCAACCUGAAGUUCCAGCUCCAACAUCUAGUGUAGAGGUAUCAGGCUAUACCGUAAACUGUGAGUUGACAAUGGAGGGAAGACCUUAAAAUCCUAACAUAUGUAACAAGAGCCUUUUUUUAAAUUCACUGUGGCACUGAUUUCAGCUCAGGACUCAAUAGACAACCUGUCUGUGACUUUCAUGUCUGCUACUGUGGUCUGGUUGUCUUUUAAUUUAUAAAUAUUUGACUUGGAUAAAAAAUUUAUUUUGAUUUGUGAUACCAUUAAAAGGGGGGGAGGCGCGAUACUGGUAACCCGCUUUAACCUCUGUUACAGGAGCUUAAGAAGAAAGGUCACAACCAUUAAACUGCCUACCCCACGACAAACAACAGAACGCUCCUACUACAGUGAGACAUCUAGCUACGUUAGUAGAGACAGAGGAGAUGUGGCUGCAUCCUUACAAGACCCAAGCUAUGCUGGAUCGUACUGGGGUGAGAACUGAGAUACUGUUUAUAUAUCUUGCUUGAGUUUGAAUUACUGUGUGCACUUGCAUUGCUGUAUAUUGGUCAUUUUACAAAAUAAGCAGAUAAGCCACGUGAAACUAUAUUUUAUAAUUUUCUGGUUAACCAGCAUGUGUGAAGGCUGGGUCACUAAACAUAACCUCUGUGUACUAGAUUAGCCGCUUGUAUGGAAUUACUUAAUUUUGAGUAAUAAGAGACAACUGUCUAGGCAAGGAAUCAACUGAUAUUAAGUUAUAGGGACACUAUAGUCAUCAGAACUACAGUUUCUUGUAGUUGUUCUGGUGAGUAUAGUCAGUUCCUGCAAGCUUUUGUAAACACUGCCUUUUUAGAGAAAACGCUGUCUUUACAUUGCAGCCUAGGGAUACCUUUGGUGGCCACUACUCAGAUUGCUACUAGAGGUGCCUCCUGGGGCAGUAUCCAGACGUUCAGUGUCUCCACGCUCUGCAUGGAGACUCUGAACUUUCCCCCCUAGAGAUGCAUUUUUUUUUUCAGUGCAUCUCUUUGAGGAGAUGCUGAUUGGUCAUGGUGGCGUUUGACUCCGCUGCCACCCUGCCUCCUUGGCUGAGAGCAUUCGAAUUGACAAUCUCAUCCAAUUCAAUGCAUUCCUAUGGGAAGGCAUUGUGAUUGGCUGACAUUAUCAGAACUGAUGAUCUCAGCCAAAGUGGCAGAUCAGGGCAAAGCCAGCAAUGGUGGACUGCAAUACAAUUAUUCUUUUAAUGCAAAAACUAUGAAGAUUUGAGCAUGCAAAAAAUAAAGCAUAUUAAUGAAAUCAAAACCUAUCAAAUGCAUUAAAGUUGUAUUAGUGCCCAGAGUGUCACUUUAACCUUUUAGAUGCAGAAAAACAUGCUGCUUUUCUGAUUGAUCUACGGCAGGCUAGUGAAACUUCUAGAACAAUCCAUUGGCAUUUAGAUAUAGAAACCACUCAGCCUGCUUUUUCAACAGACUGUGGGAAUCUCUGGGAUUUUCUCCAAGGGAUUAUGUGCUCUGAAUGAAAUACUUCUGAAAUGGCGUUUUUAGGCUCCUGGUAACUGUUGUAAUUACCUGCAAUUUCACAUCCCCCUAGAUAAAAUGUGCACUUCAGCCUUGAGCAUAUAAUAAUUUAUGAUUAUCUCAGAAAAGUUCUUGUGAAAAACUGUGUGUCUGUACAUGGUAAUGCAAGACUGAUCUGUGACUUGGAUAUCCAUUCUUGUGAUCAAGGAAAAUUAUGUAGGACGGUAGAUUUGUGCAAGAAUGUGUAUCUAUGAAAAAAUAAACUGGGUAGCUCUGAUAUAAUUUCCUUUUUUUUUUUUUUUUCUUUUCAAGCCAGCCGCUACGAGCUAUGAACUCAAGAUCAUAGUCUCUGUGUAUAGAGUAGGAGAUGUGGAGUGGAUUUUUUUUUUUCUUUUUUUCCCAGACAGGGAAAUAUACUGUGCGUAUAACAUUCCUACAGAGUGACUUUGCUCAGUCAAAGCGGCAGGUCUCAGAACAGAAACUAGUGGAAUUUGGAUUCUAUUUGGAUUUGAAAUGUCUAUCUUGUGACAUUUUAGAGACCAUCCAUUAUUUAGUAGUGUACUGUAUUAUAAUUCCAUCUUAAACAAUAUAUUUUUACAAUGUUUAAUUAGGCAAAUAUAUGGACAAAAUAAUAUAUUGGUUACUGGUGACCCUGCUAUUAAAAAACCUCUUCUAUUUUACUUAUAUUGUAUGGUAAAAUCUUGACUUUGUAGUUUUUUUGUAUCACAAACCUUUUGGAGGUCUUUGUAUAUUUUGCAAAGUGCCCUGAAGGUGACAUCUCUAGUCCAGUGGCAACAGGGUGCAAUGGAAAGUAAGUUUACUUGGCUGAAGCUGUGCCUUUCAAGCGUCGCUAUCUGCUUCCUUGAGAUCUUCUUCAGCACUUGGCUAAUGCUUUAAUUGCAUAAUGCAUUAGAGAGAGUAAAACACUAUGGAGGAUCCCAAAAGAAGGCUAUAGCUUUCAUAGAUGCUUCACAAUGAGUGAGACCUUGUCUGAAUCCCACAGCCAUCACUUGUGAUGGCAGCUGGGAUUGGACAAAAGUUGAUGGUGGCCUUUGGUAAACUUUCUUGUAUAUUGAUAAGAGGUGUUGUGGGUGCCAGAUGUAACGAGGGUCAAAAGGUUGCCCUCGGUGUUAAAGAAGAUCUCAUUAUCCUCCAUGUUGUCCUAUGCAAGAGCCUUGCUAGACAUCGGCGCAUCCCCCAUGAUUCCUUUUCAUACUGUGCAUUACCCUGAGGUCCAUCUUUUUCCUGACCAUCCUUGUAAGGGUCGUUAUUAUUGGAAAGCAGUAGAGGUUGGACCUCCUAAACCUCUAUCCGUUUAGGUCUCUUGAGUGGUGCCUUGCCUUUAGGGUGGUGCUGAGCUGCAGCAGAGCCCUUCCAGAGGCAUGUUGCAGUGGUUGUGCGCUCACAUACAGCCAACCCAGUCGAGUGGUUCCUCAACUUCAGUAUGCGCCACUGUUGUUCCACUAGGGAGCGGGGGUGGGGAGUGCUGGUCCAAUAGGAAAUGUUUGGACCUUUGCCAGCACUUUUUUGCAAGAUGCCGCCACCGUAGCAUUAAUGAUACUUUGAAAAUCCUGAUGGUGGUGAAUCACACAUGGCUUGGAAGCAAUAGAAUUUCUAACCUGUUGAGUAUAAUAAAGAGUCAGGCAGGGGUGGAACUUGGGUCUGAUGGAUAUGUGUGUGUGCAACCUUAUCAUUGCUGAUCUAUAAUAAAAAUCAAUAAGUGGCAUGCUAUUGGGGUUAUCCCCUUUUCCAGCAACACACUGCUUCACCUAAAUAUAUUGCACUAUAUUUAGGUGAAGCAGUGUGUUGCCGGAAAAGGGGAUCACCCCAAUAGCAUGCCACUUAUUGAUUUUUAUUAUAGAUCAGCAAUGAGAAGUUGAUGGGGGGAUCACCCCUGCAUACAGUGCAUAUUAACAAGUGAACAGCCAGGCAUGAAUAAAUGCUAACCACAUAUAAUAUGUAUAAUGUACCAUAAGGGGGCUCACCCCUAUGCAACAGAGUCUUUGCUAAACCGAAUGUAAUGCACCAGGAAUAGGGCAAAGUAUUAAUGAGUGUGUCGCAAAAGUUCAUAUAGACCGCAAGUGCUGUACCGAGGAAAUGGCUGCUGAGAAUCUUGUGCUUUUGCGAGAUUCAGUAUGGUCACGGUGUACGCUGACAACAGAGUGGAAAGUAAAGAAUAUAAGUGAAAAGGCUCCCCUGAGCCCCAGAGACCACAGGACAGCCCCAGAAUGAGAGAGAGAUAGAGAGUGUAGUGCUCAGAGGGGGAGAGUGUCACUAAUAUGUGACAGGUGAGGUGAACAAGCUACAGAUAGUCAAUAAUGACCCUGUGCCGGAUAGGAGAAACCAGUGUUAGAGAGCCACAACUACUACGAACAAUAAUACAAUUCAUAUGAAGACAACUGUAAAAUCAAGAAAAUGUAUAAUACUCUGAUAUGUGCACUUGGCAAGGAGCUUGUUCCAGUCAGAGCUUGUAUAGCCUCCUCAUACUUGUUUUUGAUAAUAAUUUGUGUUAGAAGAUGUGCUGCUAUUGGAGUACAGUAAAGAGAAUUGCAAAAUAUGAAGCCUCCUGUCAUGUAAUUAAAUUUAUAUUUGUAUAUCGCUUGUGCUUCGUGCCACCUGCUGCUUUAGCCUGUGGCAUAGAUACAAGGAGAUGUAUUUAUGGUAGAUUUUGCUCAUGGUGUUAUGUAGUCUUGUAGUAAUGUUUGUGAUCCUACCAACAGCCCAUAAUAAUUGGUUGGCAACCACUGAAGAACUUACAGAAACAGGUGGUGUAACUGGCACCAACUUGUGCAUCAUGCGAUGUUAUCAGUUCUGUGCCCCACGUGGGUUUAAUCCAGACAGCACUAAAUUUCAAUAGUUGUUUUAGUUGCAUUUUUUUUUUUUUUCAUCUGAUGUUUGGUAAAUUCCUAUCUGAGAUUGAUCCUAAAAAUCAGAUAAUUGGGUUUCUCAACUGCACAAUAGGAUUUAUUCUUUAAGCAUUAAUGAAUUGCAAAAUUCAGAUGUGCUGAUCAAGAAAUUUUGUAUUUGAAUUUAUUUUUGUUAAAAUAAGCAGAUUGAUUUUUUUUAUUUUUUAUUUUUUGCCCGAAUUCUGCAAUUUCGGUUUACAGUUUUAGUGAAUCCCGUCCUAUCUCCCUCUUAAGUCUGGUCAUGUACGAUUAGAGCUCCAUGAUUGAACGAGUUUCUUGAUGUGGUAUUUUUGUGUGUGUUUCUUCUUUGCUCAGUUGCCUUAUUCUGCUCAGCAAUAAACAGAUUCACAGAUUGCAGAAGCCCAUGAAAAAAAGGGUUUUUGUUUUCGCAUUUAUUUAUUUAUAUUUUUGGUUUUCCUGCUAAUGUAUUUGUUGUAAAUGUUUAGCAUUGCGAUUUUUAGAACAGGCAUACAUGUAUUCACUGGUUGCAGUGAAAUACAAGGUUUUAAUAAAGUUUUCCUUGCCAUACAUCGCCUCAUAUAUCUUAAAUUGAGCAUGUUUUGUUGGGACCAGCUUGAGACAAUGCAAGGCAGGAAGUCUUUACUAUGAAACUGAGUUUCUGACCUAUACUAUUUACUCAUUGUGCUGACAUGUAUUACUUAGCUUAAACAGAAAACCUAAUAACCUAUUAUGCGACUGCGGUAUGUACGCCAGUGCAUGCAGAUACACUUAACCCCUUAAGGACCAAACUUCUGGAAUAAAAGGGAAUCAUGACAUGUCACACAUGUCAUGUGUCCUUAAGGGGUUAAAGGACCACUACAGACACCCAGAUCACAUCAGCUCAAUGAAGUGGUCUGGAUGCCAGGUCCCUCUAGUUUUAACCCUGCAGCUGGAAACAUAGCAGUUUCAGAGAAACUGCUAUGUUUCACUGAGGGUUAAUCCUGCAUCUAGUGGCUGUCUCAUUGACAGCCACUUGAGGAGCUUCCGCAAUUCUCACUGUGAAAAUCACAGUGAGAAGACGCUGAACGUCCAUAGGAAAGCAUUGAGUAAUGCUUUCCUAUGGGCGGUUUGAAUGCGCGCGCCGCUCUUGCCACGCAUGCGCAUUCGGAGCUGAGGGGUGGAGAGAUCCCCAGCGCCAAGGGAGUCCGGCGCUGGAGAAAGGUAAGUGCUUAAGACACACACACACACACACACACACACACACACACACACACACUCUCUCACGAACAGACGCAUACACACUAGCUAACACACACACACACUCUCUCUCACGAACAGACGCAUACACACUAGCUAACACAUACACUCUCACGAACAGACGCAUACACACUAGCUAACACACACACAUUUACUGACAGACGCACACAAACUAACACACUCAGUAACAGACACACUCUAACACACAUACACUCACACACACUCUAACACUAACACACACACACACACACACGUAUUUUUUUUUUUAUUUCAUCCCCCCCAGCCUCCCUACCUUUGGGAGUGCUGAGGGGAUUCCCUGGGGUCCAGUGGUGUCACCCGGCGGCCUGUCCUGUGGGCGGGCUGGCGGGCACACGAGGGAGCACUCUCCCUGGCUGAGUGCUUCCUGUUCAGCUCCCUCGCGCGCCGUGUACUGAUGCCUGAGCCGGAAGAUGACAUCAUCUUCCGGCUCUGGAAUCAGUAUGCGACGCGCGAGAGGGAACUGAAGAGGAAACACUCAGCCCCCUGCGUCCACGGUAUGUACGCCACUGAAUGUGAGGCCCGGGACGACCUGAGCAGUCCGGGCCCCCCAGGACCGCCGGGCCCAUGACAACCGUUAUGGUUGUCAUGCCCUGAUGGCGGCCCUGCAAGGAGGUUCCUAUUCCCUUCCCUUUUCUCAUAGGUGGAGAUUUUAAUCUUUUUUGAAAGUGUAUUAUUUUUGGUUUUUAAUCUGUUUGUAUCUACAAAAUUGUUAUCAAAAUAUCCUAAAAUAGGUUCUGUUCUCUACCUAAAUUGCACCAUCAAUCACCAAAAUAUCCUCCAUUCCGGACAAGACCUUUUGUUGUUUACAUGUUUAUUCCCCACAGUGAUUACUGCCAGGUAUUCAAAGUAAAUUAUAAAGUUUAGAGUAAAACAGCCAAACUAGAAAAAAAAUCUGAGUUUUCUACUUUGCUAGUUUGGCCUUAAAUUUAAUGUUAGAGUUGCUUUACAAAAGAAAGUAACAAAGUUGGAGUCUGUUGCCGUACCAGAAAAAAUGAGGACAUUAAAAAUGUCAGGACACAAAAGAAGCAAAAAAACAAAAAAUAAAAUAAAUUCUACUAAAAUCUACACAUCUUUAUUCUGGAACUGGGCAAAAUCUUAGUUUUUUGUCAGUCAUUGUUAUAAGCUGUGUUCUUUGUUCCUGAUCAGCAGGAUAGAGAAAGCAUGCAGAGAAAAAACAAAAACAUUGUUUCCUUCUCAUUUACUAUAUGUGUGUUGACUGUGCCUGGACUGCAUUAGAUUGUGAUGAUAAAUAUUUAAUAUACAUUUAAAAGAAAUUGGAAUGUUGAACUACCUGCUGUUGAGACCAGUAGUUUAGUAGCCUUCUCAUGACAACCUGUUUAUAGCUAAAUUCACCAUGGUUGUUUGGAGGGUAGUAUCUGAGGGAUGGCCGUAUCAUAAACUUCCCAGUUGCUUGGUAGUACCUUACAAGUUGAGAUAAAUGUUUGAUCUCACAGCGGGACUUAGGGGCACUACAAAAUUUUUCAAGAAGUUUGGUAACCCUGGUUAGACUUUGACCUUGGUGGAGAGAUUCUUUUCAGUCGGGCGGGCGAGGGGCAUCAAAUGCAGGGGGAAAAAGGUUAACAGAGGUUACAAUUGAAGUUGUGGUACGAUGCACGGCAAUGACUGUAUCUUCCCAUAAUGCCAUUAAAUCCUUCUAGUUAAUGGGGUUUGCAUAAUGAAUUACAAGGUUUUUGCCGAAAAUAUUACUUUUCCAAAAUUUGCUUGUAGCUCAUCGACUCCUAAGGACUUAGCAAUGUUAAACUCUAUUAUAACUGCACAUUAAAAUAACCCUUUCUAACUCAGGAGAGAGUGACCUUGUACGAAAGCGGAUGGGUACAGAUGUCACAUAUAACAGCAGCAACAGCAAGAAUGGAUUCUCAGAAACUCAGCCAACCUAUGACAGAUCUACCUCUUCAUCAGGCUAUUCUUCAGAGGAAGAUAACACAGGUAAAAGCACAAAUUAAAAUACUCCUGUGCUGUAAACAUAGGUUAUGGUACAAAGGUCUUAUUGUUUUCCUCUCUCCACUUGCUGUUUAUUAUAAGUAGAACACUUUGCAAAAAUAUUACAGAUAUAAGCCCUUCCGACACUAUUUCACAACACAUGGGGAAACUACUGCUCCUCCAUCCUAUCCAAGAUUUUGUGCUGGGACUUAUUCCUAGCUGUGCUUGUGUUUUACCAACUGUGAGGGCUUUAUCAUUUGCAUACUAUUCGCUUUCUCAAUUGAAUACAAUGGAAUCCUGUGGAGAAGAUGGAUUGUGCGUGUGGCUCUUGCUGCGUAUGUGAAUCAGGUCACCAUUGCUUCUCUAUGAUUAGCAUUGGAUUGGACUACGACGCAGGAGAGGUGAGCAGCACAGAUGAUGUUUUGGGACUGGACAAAAGUAAAUAAUUUUUUUUAAAUUAUUUUAAUUUUAUGUUUUUAUUCAUUUUUUGGGCAAACAGGGACCUGUAUUUAACUACAGGCGAACACUAUAGCAUUGGGAAUACAGGUUUGUAUUCCUAAUGCUAUAAUUUUCCUUUUAAGCGCAUGCACAAUAUUAAUAAUCGUUCUAUUCUUGUGAUUAGCUAACCAUUUUUAAUAAUCCUCCUACCCUGUAUCUCCUUUGUCAGUAACUUUCUGGUCACAAAAGCCUUGACAGUAUUGUCUAUCCUGUAUAGACAGGUUUAUUCCAGACAACUUUUCGUGUCUCUCUUUAGUUAGUCCAUAUAAACAGGCUAUUUAUUGCCUGUCCUCCUAAUUGCCUCAUCUUUGUCUACUAUGUUUAUCAAAGCCUGCUAGCAGCUCAUCAUGUUUGGAUAUGCUCUUGUCCAUAUCUAGUUGCAUACUUUCAGAUGAGUCUAAACGCCACAAAUCUUGCCGUUCCGUGUGUAUUGAUUAUAGCAGCCACCAGGAAUGUCAAGAUAUCAAUCAUAGUACAUGGAUUCAACUCAUCAGCAAGGUGGUAUCAGCGGACCCCAACUUAACUCGUGGGAUCCAAGUUUUUAAAACUACUUUUUGUUUAUGAUUUAUUUUAUACAUUUCUUAAACAUUUCUUACAUAAUGAAAUGUGGAGCAUGUAUCUAUCUUUCAAUGUAUUUAAUAAAAUGUUUUUUAUAUAUCUAUAUUGCACUCAAAAAAAUAAAAAAAUAAAAAAAUUUCAGGUCAAAAUUAUUUUUUAUUUUAUCUUUUGUACCUGUUGAGUUUAAGCUUGUAAAUGGGUAAUAGAGCGUGUUUGUUUUUAGUGUUCUUUUAAAAUGAAUUUGUGUCACUUUCUCUUUAUUUCCCUUGUUUCGUAAACGGGCUAUUUAAAGAUGUAAAUCUAAUCAAAAAAAGGGGGGGGGGAAAUUGCAUUUGGUUUUAUGUGGUCAUUUAUUUAAAAAUUUUUUAUCUUAAUGAGUUAUAGAAUUUUGUAACUUAUUUAUUAUUCAAAACACUGUUUGAUCAAAGUCACAUGUCUAUACAUGUGAAAUAUCAUUUCAUACUCUUUGUUAGAUGCAAUUUAAAAUGUUUGAGCUUUUUCUUUUCAAAACUCCCACACCAACGUUUACAAAAAUAUUUAAGACCACAAAAAAAUAAAACUAUUAUUGAAAUGUUGACCCUGUUUUACAAUAUAAAACACAAAAAUUAUUUUAUAUUUUUCUUUAGUUUGCAGUAUCAUUAAUCAUGUUCUGUAUUAUUAUUAUUAUUUUUUAUUUUUUUUAUUUCUUAUCCAAGAGCAGGGGUAGGCAACCUACGGCACUAGUGCCAUGCACGGCACUCAAGGUGUCUUUCCACGGCACUCAAGGCUGCUAGAGCCAAACAGGGUCUGGCCUCUCAGGAGUCUCAGUGAAACUUCAGAUAUCUGCUAAUACAAAGAGGUAGUUAAGGACAAUCCUCAAUUUAUGUAUUGCAGCACAUAGGGUAAGUGAUCUCAGAUCACUUCCUCCCAGCACUUGUGAAUGGGAAUCCACACUGUAGUAGAGCAGCCCACAGCUGAUGUUGCAGCUCCUCCCCUUUACUCACCUCCCCCUUCCUUGUGUUCUCCUCAUCUUCCCUUCUCCUCACCCCCCCCCCGUGUUCUCCUCAUCUCCCCUUUACUCACCUCCCCCUUCUCCUCACCUCCCCCUUCCCUGUGUUCUCCUCACCUCCCUCCUCCCUGUGUUCUCCCUUCCUCUAACCUCCCUCCUCCCUGUGUUCUCCCUUCCUCUAACCUCCCUCCUCCCUGUGUUCUCCCUUCCUCUAACCUCCCUGUGUUCUCCCUUCCUCUAACCUCCCUCCUCCCUGUGUUCUCCUCAUCUAUCCUUCUCCUAACCCCCUCCCUGUGUUCUCCUCACCCCCUCCACGUGUUCUCCUCAUCUCCCCUUCUCCUCACCUCCCACACCCUGUGUUCUCCUCAUCUCCCCUUCUCCUCACCUCCCACACCCUGUGUUCUCCUCAUCUCCCCUUCUCCUCACCUCCCACACCCUGUGUUCUCCUAAUCUCCCCUUCUCCUCACCCCCCCUCCACAUGUUCUGCUCAUCUCCCCUUCUCCUCAAGCAGCUGCAGCCUUAUAGGAAGCGCCGGCCCUGCUUGGGGGCCAAGGCCAGCUCGGAGCCCCAAGCAAUUGCUUGGUUUGCUUGCCUGGUAGCGGCGGGCCUGAGGUUCGGCACGCUACGGGACAUUACAAUCCUAUAUCGGCACAGUGCUGCUAAAAGGUUGCCUACCCCUGUCCUAGAGUCUAAAUUUGAAAACUAAUUGUGGAUCCCUCCCCCCCCUCCCCCCCUUUCCACAUUAAGAAUAAUAUUCCCCUAGAGCUAGACCUUUUUUAUUUUCCCAUAAAAUAUAAAAAACUUUUCAAUAAAAAACAUUUUGACAAGAAUGAUAUUUAUGAAGGAGGGGUCCCCAAGACUCUUGUCCCAAUUGGUGUUUUACCUCUCUCCCGUAAUAAAGGUCCAGGGUAUAGCCUAGAACCAGAGAUUCCAAAGUCCCUUGACACCAACACUGUGGCCCCUAAAUAACAUAUACAUAUAUAUUAAUUUUUAAAAAUGCAUUAUUUAUUUUUGUCCCCCAGGUCAAUAUCAUUCAGAUGAUUAUUCCACCCAAGGCUCCUGGUGGAGAAGAUGGACUAGGUGUGUGCGUGAGCUCCCUUGGCUUCUGCUUUCAUAUCCAGGUUAGUCAAACAUAGAAUAGAAGAAUAUUUGGCAAUACACCUUUUUGAUAUAGUUUCUGUUUAGGGCAGAGCCCUUCCUUACUCAUAUUGAACCUGUCAUUACUUUAAUGGAAAUUGCCUCCAUCGACUUCCAACAUCUAAUUUACUAUGAAGAUAAAUUAUUCUAUUUAUUAUUAUUAUUAUUAUUAUUAUUAGCACUUAUAUAGGAAUAGAAAAAGAAGGGAAUCAAAACAGAGAAUACCUUAAUCUUUAAUACCCUAAAUUUUCCCUAUGACAAGCAUUAUUUAAUAAGCGUUGUAGGGUUAUUAAAUCUCUACUCUAUUUUUAUUAACAAAGUAUAACUUGCUCAACUAAUUUUCAAAUUGGUGGGAAUUUUUUUAUAUCAAUAUUUGGGAGUACAAAUAUAUAUUUCCUGGAAACUUUAAUAUUAUAUUAUUUGCUCUGAUUAAGGGAUUCUCUGUUUUUGGUUCCCAUUUAAUCUUUAUUGUUUUAAUUUAUUCCUAUUCUUAUACACAUUUAGGGUUAGGCUCUGUUCCUGUGAGAUUUAUCUAUUUUAGAUGACUUUUUUUUUUCUCUCUCCUAGUUGACUUUCUGUAAUGCUAGCAUUUACAUAGCCAUAAUAUGUUUCACAGUGUCUUUACUGUUAUAAAUUGGGGUUGAUUCCCCCAGAUAGCACUAUCUACAACAAAUGUGCUGUGGUUGCUGUGCCUGUGAGUUGGAGGACCGCUUGUAGGAGGGUCUUUGUAGACAUAGAGGUUUAUGCUAAAGAACUAAUUGACAAGUGAGGGAGUGGCCAGUAUUGUUUGUGUGAUAUAUAUAACAUAUAUAACAACAUAUAUAACAGCUUAUAUAUAUAACAACAACAUAUAUAUAUAUAUAUAUAUAUAUAUAUAACAGCUUAUAUAUAUAUAACAACAUAUAUAUAUAACAACAUAUAUAUAUAACAACAUAUAUAUAUAUAACUUAACAUAUAUAUAGCGCAACAGCAUAUAUAUAACAACAUAUACCAUAUAUAUAACAACAUAUAUAUAUAUAUAUAUAUAACAUAUAUAUAACAUAUAUAUAUAUAUAUAACGCCGCCAUAUAACGCCUUAUAUAACGCCGCCAUAUAAACGCCGCCAUAUAUAACGCCGCCAUAACGCCCGCCGCCGCCAUAACGCCGCCGCCGCCGCCGCCGCCAGCAUGCCGCCGCCGCCGCCGCCGCCAGCAUAUGCCGCCGCCGCCGCCGCCGCCGCCUUAUGCCUGCCGCCGCCGCCGCCGCCAACGCCGCCGCCUUAACGCCUUAACGCCGCCGCCGCCGCCGCCGCCGCCAACGCCGCCGCCGCCGCCGCCGCCGCCGCCUUAUAACGCCUUAUACCGCCGCCAACGCCGCCGCAUAUAACGCCUUAACAUAACGCCGCCCAACGCCGCCGCCAUAACGCCGCCGCCUUAUAACGCCGCCGCCAUAACGCCGCCGCCGCCUUAACCGCCAUAACAUAUAUAUAUACUUAUAACGCCGCCAUAUAUAACGCUUAUAUAUGCUUUCUUUUUUUGCUCUGCUCUUUCUCUCUCUUUCUCUCUCUCUCUCUCUCUUUUCUCCUCACUUUCUCUCUCUUUCUCUCUCUUUCUCUCUCCCUCUUUCUCUCUCUUUCUCUCUCUUUCUCUCUCUUUCUCUCUCUUUUCUCUCUUUCUCUCUCUUUCUCUCUCUUUCUCUCUCUUUCUCUCUCUCUUUCUCUCUCUUUCUCUCUCUUUCUCUCUCUUUCUCUCUCUUUCUCUCUCUUUCUCUCUCUUUCUCUCUCUCUCUCUCUCUCUCUCUCUCUUUCUCUCUCUUUCUCUCUCUCUCUCUCUCUUUCUCUCUCUCUCUUUCUCUCUCUCUCUCUCUCUCUCUCUUUCUCUCAUACCUGCAUUUUGUUUUCACUCUAUUUUCUUGUGUAUUUUUUUUUUUUUAAUUCUGUGUUCUCAACCCAUAGUUCCACUUUAUCAUGUGUAUGUCUAUAAUUCCAUAUGUGUAGCGUCUCUGUAUCCCCAUACUAUACCUUGAGCCUGCUCUACUCACACUUCCCUCUCUCCCUCAUAUUGUACAGGACGUUUGUUUGGUCUUCUCUAUUGGUGGUUUGGUACAACAUGGUAUCGUUUAACUACCUCUGCCUCUCUCCUUGAUGUUUUCAUCUUAACCAGGUCUGUGAGUGCAAAUAACUAGGCUUACUAUAAAUGUUUACUUGCUUACUUGAGACAAUAAGGAUGUAUACUUGUUGAAACACAUGCAUAUGCAAACAAUAUGAGCGCUUAUGUAUCUGUUUUUAUUUUCAAAGAAACCCUGUACCUGCUAGGUUUAGAAAAGUAGCAGAUGUCUAGACAGAUAGCUGGAGCAAACAAUGCAAAGCUCUUUUGGAUUUAAAUUGACUCAAUGACGUACAGGAUUAAACCACUUAAAUGAUCAAGAAACUUAAGUCAAGUAUAGGAGGCUAAGCUGUUCUGCAGUUCUACCUGUCAUAGUUCAAUAGAAACCGCAUAAGAUUGUCUAAACUCUACUAAAACUAUUACACGUGCUUCUACAUACAUUUUCCUAAAAAAAUAAUACAUUCAACCCCUUAAUUAAGAGGUAUUAUUCAGUUUAUUCUGAGUAGCUUUGCAAAAGUCUCUUUCUAAGUCUGUCUCAUGCUCUUACUACAUGACAUAUUUUUACAUUUUGAGGAUGUUGUGGUUUUCAAUUUGAGCUGUAAUUGUCUUUGUCUAAUAGCAAAGAGAUCAGCAAAUCGGGUAUGUUGAACAUUGUUUUUGUUUUAUUUUUUAAUAUUCUUUUCUCAGUAGUUUAAGAAGAUUGUAAUAGAUAAAUCUGUAGAUAUAUUUUGUGUCCUGAUGAAUGAGACAAUAUGCCAAAAACAAAAAAAAAAUUAGUUUUGACCACCAUCUUGCAAAAUUUAGGCCAAGCUAUCAAAGUUGGAAACCAUAUUGACUCAAAAAAAUAGUACAUUAAUUGUAGUUCUAUUUUGGCAUACCUGUUGCAAGCGGGUUGUUGACAAACUAUAUGGCAUGAAAUCCAAAAUUGUAGAAUGAGAAUAAAGAGGAAAAAGCCUUGAUUUGGUAUUUUUUUUUGUUUUUUUGUUUUUUUUGUAAAUAUAGCUUUUAUUAGCAGUUCAGGUAAUAACAGAAAACAGUGCGAAUGUUGUCAGUGAGACUCGCAGGUCUCCAAUUGCAUCUUACAUGCACCACAAGUAUUAGGUGGACAGAUAGGUUCUAUAUUUGUUCCCCAACCAAAUGGUUAAUAGUGCGGUAGAUCCCAGGUCACGUCCUCUAACGUGGGGAGUGAGAGGGGUUUGUUUUGCAGGACCAGGUCCUGUAGUCUUGCACCAGGUCUGGAGCUCCCUCUUCUGUCUGCCCUUUCCCUAACUUCUGUAGUGUCUAGGUAUGUUGUGGGUUCUCUCCUGGGUCAUCUACCCUCUCGUUCUGAGUCUGCGUCCCUUCCUCAUUUAUGAGGCGAUGCCGUUAUAAAGGGGGGGCGGGGGGGUGCUCAGUGGUGGGUUUAGUCGCCUCUGUCGUCUUGCUUCCUUGUGAGCAGUAUUUGUUGUCGCUCACCAGUCGCUAUCCACUUUUGGUAUCUGUGGUGUGUCUGGAGUGUUUUCCCCCUUUGGGUGGGGGUGAUGUGGUGUCUCAAUGUUCGGUUGUGUCAGUCGUCUUGUGUUGUCAUAUGUUUGCUGUUUAUUGUAGGAGUUUCCCUUGUCGUGGGAUCUUCCCAACUUUAUCAAGCGAUGUCUCGCGGGUCCCAUGUCCCAUGGAGAAACCAUGGUGCCUUCUCGGGUUCUAAUAUUUUUGUGGCCAUGUUGCGCCAGGCGGUCCCCGGCCUCGCCCAGGGGGAAAAAAAAGGGGGGUGGGGGGGAAGAUAGGGUUGGGUGAGAGGGGGGAGCUAAAAGGUAUGGGGCAGAGCUAUGUUGUGGCAUGGGUCUAUCCUGACUCCUGAGUUAGCCGGUCAGGGCAGAUUGGGGGGGGAGAAGUUGUGAUGGAAUGCGCGUGUUGUUCUAGCUGGCUAAGGAUCCCCGUGGUGUCCCAUCCCCUGUCCUCGUUUGUGAUGUGUAUAGGUACCAUGGCGUCCACAUUUCAAGGUGUUUGUUUCUCCUCCCGAGUAUCUCAGCGUAUCUCGCCUCAGCUGUGUGAAUCUCUUCUAUUCUCUGUAGCCAUUCCGUUUUGGUAGGUGGCUGAGUUUGCUUCCAUCUCGCUGGGAUCAGUGCUUUGGCUGCAUUAAGCAGGUGUCGUAGGAUUGAGCGUUUGUAUUGUGCCAGCUGUCCUGUAAAGAAGUGUAGGAGCGCGGCCGCUAUGCUAAAGUCUGGUGGGUCAACCAGAAUUGUAGUGAUUUUCCCGGUUUAUCUCUUCCCAGAAUGGCUUGAUCCCAGGGCAGUCCCACCAAAUGUGGCGUAGAGUGCCUGGCUGUGUUUCACAUCUCCAACAAGUAUCCGGGACCCCCGGGAAAAUCCAGUGCAGUUUUGCUGGUGUUCUGUACCACUGGGAGAUCAGCUUGUAGUUCACCUCUUGGUACCUGGUGCUUAUUGAGCUUUUGUGUUGUAAUAUGAGAAUUUGUGCCCAUUGGGCAUCUGUGAAGUUUCUGUCUGUCAAUUCCUCCCACUGCCUCUGGAAGGCGUUGUUUCUGGAGAGUUCCCCUGUGAGCAGUUGUUGAUAUAUGCCCGAUACUCUGCCAUCUGCCUCUGGAGAGCUCUCGCAGAAGUGUUCAAACCAGGUCCAUUCUCUGUGUACUGCUCCCCUAUUGGGCAGAUUGUGGUAGAAGGGCCUCAGCUGUGCGUAGUGAAAUCGGUGCAUUAUCGUCAGGCGUUCUGUGUCCGCCCAGGCUUGAAGGCUGCGCAGGCUGGCGUUUGUCAGGGCCGAGCUCAGGGGUACAUAGUCCUCUUCUCUGUGUAUUGGCCACUAUGGUUUCGUUAUAUGUUAGGGGGAUCAGGGGACUUGGCUGUGGUGAGAUGUGUGCGUUCCUUCGCAGGGUGGUUCAGGUUUUCAGCGUCUGCGCCCCUGUCGGGCGGUGCCAGAUGUAUGUGUAGAGUGCUCUGUUUGUGCUUUCCCUGUCCAGUCUCGUCCAUAGUUUGUUGGUGGGGGCCGUGUGCCAUUCUCGAAUCCUCUGGAGCACUGUCGCGUGGAAGUACCUCCGAAAGUCCGGUAGGGCCAGGCCUCCCCAUGAUUUUGGCAGGCAUAAUCUGUCGUGUUUAAGCCGUGGCCUCCCCUCCUUCCAGACAUACUUGGUUACCGCUGUUUUGAGCUUGGAGAAGAAGUCCUGUGGUAGGUGCCAGGGGAUUGUGCUAAAGCAGUAGAGAAGGCUGGGGAGGAUGUUCAUUUUGACCACCGCUAUUCGGCCUUGCCAAGAGAUGUGAUCGUACGACCAUCUCGUCAGGUCCGUCAGUACGCUGCGAAGUAGGGGUGUGUAGUUCCUGUCGUAUGUCUCGCCCGGGUCACGGCAGAGCCAAAUACCUAGGUAGCGCAUCUGCUCCUUGCACCAGUGGAAAGUUAACUUGCGUUGGAGUCUCUCCUGUGUGUUCCUUGCGGUGCGUAUUGCCAGAAUUUCCCAUUUUGCUUGAUUUAGCUUAAGCCCUGAUAUCUGCCCGUAUUGUUCGAACUCCCAUAGGAGAGCCAGCCGUGUGUUCUGAGGUUCCGUGACGAAAAAGAGCAUAUCGUCCGCGUAUGCGGCCACCUUAUGUGUCUGAUCUUUCUGUUUGAAUCCCUGGAUCUCUGGUGUCAGUCUGAUCUUGUCUAGAAACGGCUCUAACGUGAGAGCAAAGUUGGCUGUGAGUGCUCCGUUUACCCGUACUCUGGCAGUUGGGUCGGUGUAGAGUGCCGUUAUCCAGGUGAGUAUGCCGUUCCCCAGACCCAUCGCCGUCAGCGCUGCCGUCAUGAAGCCCCACCUCACCCGAUCGAAUGCUUUUUCCGCGUCCGUGGAGAGCAUAAGGGAGUCCGUGGUUCCUUUACGUGCCAGGCUUUGUAUGGUGAACGCCCGCAGGGUGCUAUCCCUGGCCUCUCUUCCCGGGAUGAACCCCAUCUGGUCUGGGUGGACUAGUCUCGGUAGGAAUUGUUGCAGUCGCAUAGCUAGCACCUUGGAGAGGAUCUUCACAUCCACGUUCAAUAGUGAGAUGGGGCGGUAAUUGCCGCAGAUUUCUGGGUUCUUGCCGGGUUUGGGAAUCACUGUGUUUAUGGCUGCUAGGGAUUCUCGGUGGAAUUUACCUUUGUCUCGGAGGUGGUUGCAGGCGUUGGCGAUGCGUGGGGCAAGGAUGUCUCUGAACUUUUUAUAAUAGCCCGCCGAGAACCCGUCUGGGCCCGGCGCCUUCCCAUUCUUUGUCGUUUUUAUCACUGCCAGUAUCUCUUCUGUAGAUAUCGGGCGUCUAGGGCGUCUGCUUCCUGCGGGGACAGGGCUUCCGGGUUGAAGUCUCUGAGGUAGUGUGCGAUGUCUCCUGCGGUUCUGGUCUCAUCCGCGUCCGGCGUUUCGGGUGGUAUGUUGUAUAAGUCUUCAUAGUACGUGCGGAAUUAGUUCGCGAUCUCCCCGGGGAAUUGCGUAGUGGUGCCCCAGGCUGUUCGCAGUGCGCUCACCUGUGCACUUGUUUGUUGGUUCCGCAACAUGCGGGCUAGUAGUCUUCCUCCCUUGUUGGCAUGAAUGUAGAAGAAGGCUUUUGAUCUCUGGAUUGUCCUGUGAUGUUUGCGGGCUAUCAGGUCUGUAAGUUGCCGUCUGAGGGUCAGAAGGGUGUGGUAGUGCGCCUCCUGUUGGGACCUCAUAUGCAGCGUUUCCAGCGUUGCUAUCUGUUCUACAAGUGCCGUCAUUUGUCGUUGUGCUUCUCUCUUUUUCUGCGCUGAGAUCCGGAUAAGUAGCCCCCUGAGGACGCUUUUGUGUGUCUCCCACAGGGUCAGUGCGGAGGUAUCUUCGGUGUCGUUUUCAGUGAAGUAGUUAUUCAGUUGUUUGAUUUGGUAUGUUUCUAAGAAAAUGUGUUGCUCUGCAGGUUAUCUUCAGUGUUCCAAGAAUGUUCGUAUAUAGUACUGUUCAAUAUAUACUGAAAUCCAUUUAAAUAGAGUAUUGGUGUAUUUGAUAUGAAAUCAUGAUCAAUGGGACUUUUUAAAAUAAAUUAUUUUGUAGAUUUUUGUGUGUUGUUUUUACAUGUUCUAAAUGUAAUCCCCCACCCCUCUGUUUUUUUCUUUCUCUUUUAGAUAUGUGCUAUUAGCCCAUACACAUACUGUUAUUUAUUUGCAUUGUAUAAAAACUUCAUAAUGAAAUAAUGUGACUGUCUGUGUGUUUACUAUUAAUGAUGUUUUGUAUCUGCAGGCAUUAUGGAGCUUUGAAGAAGGUGCUGAUGAUCCUCCUACUUCUGCUAAUAUUAUCCCUGAUUGCUACAGGUUAGAAGGAUGUCCGCUUUUCUCUUAUUUUGGCUAAUUCCAAAUUCUAUUCCUGCCCAAACCAUAGUCUAGUUUUUGUGUGGAUGGGGAUAAGCAGAGCUAUGGUGACUGACUGUUAAAGGAACACUUCAGACACCUAAAGCACUUCACCUUGUCUAGAGUCUGUCAUUUUUGAGGGCUAAUUUCAAUAGAAAGCUUCACUUUUAGAAUGGUUUUACAAUGAUUUAUUUUACGUACAUUAGCUCCACAUAAGUGGGAGAGGUACUUGCCUUCAAUUCUUCUCCAAUUAACUUUUCUACAGCUCACUGAGGAUCAUUGGAUAGCCACAUGCGCUCUGACUGGUCAAUUCCCUGGCACAAAUUGAAAGUUUGUCCUUUGAGUAGAGGCUGCAGAUAGCAGAUUUCCAACUUUUGGAAGCUAUUUUUUUUCACAUACCUCUAGGGAAAACAUGCAUGAUAAAAUACAUGCUCAGUUAAUAUUUAAAACAAACAAAAAAAAACAAUGGAGCGUUCCUUUAAACUAAAAACAUGUUGCAAGGGAACAGGGCCUGGCUGCUUGAGGAGCAUCUCUGAUUCUAGGAGAAUUUGAAGCCUGAUUAGCAAGUUAUCCUGACCUUUUCUUCAAUUAACUGACCUUUAAUCAUAUCAAAGACACCCUGCAACCUUUUUGGACUGACCUUUUUCUAUUGUGAUUGCUGGGGGGUGGACAUGCAAGGAAGGUGUUCUAGGCAAUUGCUGCCUCGAGAGUUUAGUUCCUCUGAACUAAGCAACCAGGAAAUAACCAGAGCUGUUGUCUGACAGCUGGCGGGGGGGUGUAACAAGGUUAAUUUAUAAAAUUGCUAAUUUCUAUUGAAGAGGACACCCUCUUCGCACAUAAAGCACUUCAGCAAGCUAAAAUGUUUUAGGAAUCCCCUUCAGUUAGUGAAAUAAAAAACUUUUUAAAAAUAACUCUAUGAAACUAUACCUUUUAUUCCAUUGCAGAGAUAUUACAAAUAUUUAUUUAUUUUUUAUCUCAAGGAUUGUGGCAUUUCUAUCCAUUUGGUCUUCAGAAUUUGGCCUCUCUUCCUGUUUCUUCUUUUUUUUCCUGGAAGCAGAAAUCCAUUGUAGAUGACGUUCUUACAAAAGAAGACCCAGGACCACAAACACAACCUCCCUUCUCUCAGGUCUGUGAUAGACUUUGAUUUUUCAUUAAAAAUGUCACCUAAAGAAUAUCCGUAGUGGAUAGUAAAAAUUUUAUAUAUUGGCAAAUUGUUUUAAAAAAAAAAAAAAAAGGUUAUUUAAUGAUUUUCGUGUUUUGGAGCAGUUGUACAUAUCCACACAAAAUACUCUAUCCUCAUAAGUACUUAAAUGGAAAGUGAAUAAUCUGACAAUUCAAGCCUUAGAGCAACCAAUGGAUGUGGAUAUACUGACGCAUGUAAAACAUUUAUAUAUAUUUUUUUAACGUUCUGUUUAGGGAUAUUCCUUACUUGUGACAGUUUAAAGGCGUUCCUGGUGUUUUGUUGUGCAUGUGCACUUAUCUCUUAAUGCUUUUGUAUGGGAAAGUGUUUAAAUUGGCAGAGAUCGCCAAUCUCAAUGAUCUCCAACAAAUAGGCAGAGCUUUACGGAGAAGAACGGUGCUGCGAGGUUUAUUAACCAUGACAACGCUGGCCGAGUCACCCAAACAGAGACCAGAGCACUAUAUCAUUAGCAAUACAUAUUUGUAUCCCUAACACUGUAGUGUUCCUUUGACUCCUGAAAGAAUUUCAAAGUUAUUUGUUAAAAUGAGGAUUGUAGGGAAUUUAAGGUGAAUUUCAAAUUAAAUGCUGAAAUGGAAACCUUUUCCUAGUCAGCUAUGAUUUCAAUUCGGUUACAGCAACACAUUCACUUAUACAAUUUCAAAAGGAAUGAAUAAGUAAAUAAGGAGCUUGUCCUCUUACGUUCUCUCAUGCAGUUACACCAUUUUACAGUAAUCCCCCCUCUGACAUUAAGGCCAAGUCCUACCUAUACAUUCAUCUGGGCCCAAGACAACAUGUCUUGACUAGAGAUGUCGCGAACCGUCCGCGAACUUCUCGCGAAUGGUUAGCCGCGAACUCCGGUCAGCUGACACAUCCCGGCCAAUCUCCGGCAGACCCUCCUACUUCCUGGACAGCAUCCAUGCUGAAGGCACACUUUCAAAUGCCUAAGAAUGUAUUAACCUCUUAAAAUAAGUUGCGACAGAGAUAACAGAAGAAAAAUCUUUUAGGCUUUGGAGAUGUCUACACUAAUUGAUCUAUGUUCACUUCAUUUCACAACUCCUUCCAUUUUUAUUUCUCCUUGUCUUGUAGGUAGAAUUAAUCUCCCGCUUAGAUUCACUUGAAAAAAGGUUCCAGGGACUUGAAAAUCAUCAAAAGAAGUCGAAGAAUGGUGAAAAGAAUAAUGCAGUAGGGUCUGGACCGAGUCGAGAUCAGAUAGCCCAGAUCUUUAAAGAACUAUCAAGCCACAGAGAUGCAAGCCUGAAAGAAAGUAUUCUUGAGGAAGGAUCUAACAAAGCUAUGGUAUGAGGGGUUGAUUUACUACAAAAGUCAUUUUGAAAUGAAUGCACUAGUACUGAUCUAUUGCUGACUUUCUCAUUUUGUGUAUAUUAGAAUGAUUUGAAAAUUCUGAGAGCAGAACAACAGGGAAACCUUCAGGAAAUUCUCGAGAAAAUGCAUCAAUUGUCCAAGGUAAGGAAAUCAAUACGAACAAAUAAGUGUUACCAUACUUUACACCACCUGUAAUAUUUCAUAGUAUUUAAAAACAAACUAACAUUAAACAUUUAUGUAUGUAUUUCUUUCUACUGGCUAGUCCGAAAAAAUAUGUAUCAUAUAUGGGGGGAAAAUAAUAAUGGAAAAAAAACACUGCAUGUUUAUUACAGUAAUAUCAUAAUGACCUAAGUAAAACAAAUUGUGUGCUUCAAUGUUUUUGCUUCUCUCUCUUUAUCUUUAUUUACAUGUCUCACUCUUUAUCUUUUAUUUAUAUCUCUCUCCUUAUCUUAAUUGUAUCCUCCUGAUAGUAACUAAAAUGGCAGAACUUGGCCAGCUGAUAGGUAAUCUCCAAUCUACAUGGAAGCUGAAUAGUGUAUGUUAUUAUUAUUUAUAAAGCACCAACAAAUUCUGCAGCGUUGUUCAAUGUGUGAACUAACAGACACUUGUUUGUAACCAGACGAGUUGGAUGCACAGGAACAGAGGGGGUUGAGGGCCCUAAUCAAAUGAGAUUGCAUGGUAGAGGGAAUGGGGUAUAGCGACACAAAAGGUAAGGUUUAAGGAUGUUAGUGUGCAGAUAUAGACUUACAAAAUAUUACAGAUACGUGAAAAUCCCCAACAUGAUUUCUUCUGUUCACAGGAAGUCAAUGGUCAGAUUCUACAGCUCAAGGUAGAAUUAAAAAGGUAAUGUGGGUACGCCUUUAUUCAAAAUAUCUUGAAAUGAUUGUACUUAUUCUACUUAUUAUUUCUGUUGAGAUGCUCCCGUAUAAUUGAAUUCCAUUAGUUCAGCUUGUUUAUAUAUUCUUCCAGUUCUACUAAAUUGGAAACUAUGAAGUAUUGGUAAUUUUAGGUCAAAAUAGCUGAAACGAAAUUCAACUUGAUAUUUUCUUCUGUACAGUAUUUUGGUGUCAAAUCUACAGGGUUUUUUUUUUUUGUCACUUUUUCACCCCUUAAGGACCAAACUUCUGGAAUAAAAUGGAAUCAUGACAUGUCACACAUGUCAUGUGUCCUUAAGGGGUUAAUGAACCAAUGUGACCCUUUAUGGUUUUAAGUCCUAGUAAAGUAGUGCCUUGGCAUACCUUGCCACAAACCACACAAUAUUACAUGUUGUAUUUAACGUAUGCUAUGUGAACUUGCUGGUCAUAUAUAUUAUAUAUUUAUUUCACUUGUAUGUUGCAUUUGCAUGCUCUUGGUCUGAGUCACUAUGAUUUUUGGAUGUUUACUGUGUUCUGUUUGCUUGCAAUUGCACUUUGCGCUCUAUUACGUGAUAAGUGCAUUUCAAAAUAAGCAAAUUAAACCGGAAUAAGCCAGUCAGUUGGUGUGGAAUAUACAGAAAGCUUGGUCAAUGACACUGCAUCAUACAGCAACAACUUUGUCUAGACAGAAGAUAUGGUCAUGAACAGUUAUGCUUGUAUAUAUCAAACACAUAAAAAGAGAAGCAGGAAAGUAAAUCUAGCCAUUUGUCAUCAUGUCUGGCAACAAAACUCUGAAGGCCGGCUAUUGAAAAGGUGACUUCCAAGUGAGAUUGCCUUGAAUUUAUAUAGGGUUUGGUUUUUUUAAGGGUUUGGUACCAUACCACCUUUAAACAUUACGUUACACCUGCUUAUUCAUUAUAAGACAAGCCAGGAAAUGAUGAAGCUGUAGGUCUACGUGUUCAGCCAGUUGGGUAAUAAGGUGACCGGCCUGAGCAGUGCAGUGGUGGGAUAUUUCAGAAUUAUAAAUUGGCCCCACUUGAGGUGUGGUGACACCUGUCAAGGUGUAUGUAAAUUAUCCAGACAGCUCUUACACAUGAUCAUCUAACUUACUUAGACUGAUAAUGCACAUUGUAUAAAAAGUUUUAGGCAAUAGUGUAAAAUAUAAAACUGAUGUUCACAAAACAAAUCCAACUUAACAUUAAAGAAAUAAUGACAAAUGUGUUCAUAAUAAAGUGUAAUUAAUGUAGAAAAUGUAGAGAUUACACCCCAGUAUUAGGAAGUAUUUGAUAUUGUACACAUUUUCUUCUAGGAAAAGAGAUACAUCUAGAAUAUUAAUUUAGCAGUUCUUACCUCAUUUAAAGCACUUGACAAAAUGUAAUAAUUAAACAUAGGUAGGGUUGCAGUAAGGAUAUGUGAUUGCUGACAUGCAAGGAGUAAGAUGGCCUUACCUGUGGACUUUAAUCUCAAUUUGUAGUACUUUUUAUAAUGUUUUGUAAGACCGUCAGAGAUCUUACAAUGUAAAUGUAUAAUGAGUCUUGAGACAAAAAGUAGCAUGGGAGAAAAGGCAGUUCUUGGCUUCCUCUAAAAUGCCCUUGACGUUCUUAUAUGUUUCUGAUGUAAGCAACGGAGGAGUUGGUGAGAUGGUUACCAAGUAAUUGAUGGUGAUUUCACACAGAUUGAGAAUUAUAGUCUAUAAAUUAAAGUGAGAAGAGGGUGAACAAAUUGAUGCAGAAGAUAUUGACCUUUGUGGGGGCAGCAGAUUAGUAGUUCUUCUGGGAGACUGUGUGUGUGUGUGUGUGUGUGUGUGUGUGUGUGUGUAGUGGAAACUAGCUUUGGAUGCAAGCUUGCCUCUGGAUGAAGUGAAAAAUAUCUUUUUGGAGGCAGCAGGUGUUUAAAUAACAAUUACAGAUAAAAAUGUAUGACGUAUACCAACAAGAGCAAUAUUUCUAAAUAAGAGGCCAAGUCUCGCGUACUUUUACUGCGACUGAACUAGCAGCUAUUGAUUGGUUGCCUUAGUGAAAGUGUGUAAAAAGUCUGACCAUUUCUCUCUCUUAUUUGUAGAGAUUGUUGGUAAUUACCUCCUGUGAUCCUUGUAGCUGAAGUAUCUGUACUUUAUUCCUAUUAACAUUUACUAGAAACUAAUCCCAGUUCUUAAAGAUUUCUCUGUUUUGGAGGGUAUUUAAACAAUCCCAACAGCGGUAAGGAAACCUUUUUUACUGCCUACCUUAAGGCAAAUGUGAAAUUUUUGUGACUAUAUGAUUCACGGACAAUGCACACUUUGUAUUUAGAGAGUGUCUACUGAACCAUGCUAUUAUUUGUCAUAUUGUAUUCGGUUUUGUAUGUUUUUAGUCCAUCCCAGGAAGAGCUGAGAGGAACCUUUAUGCUGGAAAUGAGAAGAUUGGAGAAGGGCCUAGUGGACCUUCAAGCACAGGUUGAGUCUGUGAAGAACACCCAGGGUAAGAUGUCACAGGAGAUGGAGGAAGUCCCGAGAAAAAUUCAAGGAGUCAAAGAUGAGGUGAGUUGAUAACACUUUUCCCAUAUUUGGCAAAUUAAAAAUGUUUCUCUGAAACUGCUAUGUUUAUAAAAAAAAUGGGUUAACCCUAGAAGGACCAGGCACCCAGACCACUUCAUUAAGCUGAAGUGGUCUGGGUGCCUAGAGUGGUCCUUUAAGCGUAAGACAAGCUUCUGAAGCUGUGUCCUUAAGGGGUUAAUCAAUCUAUUUACACAUGUCAAUCUGUUUAUAUACAUUUUUGCUAUUUCUGAAUUAUAAGUUUUUGCUUUAUCUGACUAUUUUAAAUACUACUUUCUUAGUUCCUAUUAACGGACUGACAUUUCUGUUAUACCACAUUAAAUUUUAAAAUUUAGCUUAAUUUAUAUUUGCCUCCCAAUAGUUUUUGAGUGCCGAUUUUGAAUGUAUCGCAGUUAUCCUUUGCUGCACUCCUGGUAAUUCAGCCCAUGAGUAGAGCACCUUUAACAGGACUCUGUGCAUAUACCGCCAUCAGUGGCGCUGGCCUGCCUGCAUGCAUUUACAUCUUACUUGUGCUUACAGUGUUCCUUUAAAUGGUAUCUCUUAACGUCUCUGCAAACUGAGAAAAUCACCUAGCAGGUUAUCCCUACUGCCAAGUUAAAGUAAUUUAGCGAAAAAUUCACAUGGAUAAUAUUGUAUCAAUUAUAUCUAAAAACUUGAAAAUGUAGUGCCACCUAGUGGAUUUUAACAUCAUAGAGUAUCUCACAUAAUGUAAGUUUUGCUGUACUUGGCAUGUGUUGGCUGUGGUGUAGCGAUUUUAUGAUUUCAGAUUUUAUUAUUGAAUUACCCAAGUGAAUCUGUGAAUUUGUUUAGAUGUUUUGUUUGUGUGUAGUAUGCAAUUGAGAAAUAAACUAAGAUAAUAAUAGGUUUUCAAAAUGGUGGUUAAGGAUUUAGUACUGUCUUUCUUGGUGUUUUUUCUUGUUUCUUUUAUUGGUUUCCCUCUUGUCCUCUUUUGCUUUGGUUCCACAGCCAAGAUUAUAUUGAUUGAGGAACAAAGUCCUUCAUUUACAUGUUGAAGAUGUUAGCUUGCAGUUUAAUGCUAUGCAGUCAAUAAAAUAAAUUUUAAGUGAGAUUAGAAACUCCUCGUUUACCACGUGACUACUGUAAACCUCUCCUUGGCUGGCUAAAAGAAAAAAUGGACACAACUCUAGUCUGUACAUAAUGGACUGCCAAAGGCAUUGAGCACUGUGAAAGAAUAUAUAUGGUGACAAGGAAUUUAGGGGUGAGGCCAUCACUAGGAAAGCUUUGUCUAGUUAAGUUAGAUCUCUGGGUGAACUAAGUUUUAGGAUUCUGGGUAAACUGAAGUUCGUAACUGCAUGGAUUUGGUGGCCAGGCUGUUGCUGAGGGGCUGGGACCUGUCAGGGAUUGGGCAAAGGUGUCACGAGCGGUAAAUGGCAGGAUUCUAAAUGUUCCCUAGCAAAGGCACACUUCUGUCACUGCUGCUGGACUUUUUAAAUAUAGUGCUGCUCUGCCGGACCCCCAACCCUUCCCUGUUUGUAUUAUUAUUGUCAUGGUGUUUGUGGGUAUUAAUGGGUAAAAUCAUCUUCUUGGUUAAUAAUAGAGGAUUGACUUAAAGGACCACUCUAGGCACCCAGACCACUUCAGCUUAAUGAAGUGGUCUGGAUGCCAGGUCCUUCUAAGGUUAACCCAUUUUUUCAUAAUUAUAGCAGUUUCAGAGAAGGCGCUUGCGUGAUUCUCACUGUGAUUUUCACAGUGAGAGCACGCCAGCGUCCAUAGGAAAGCAUUGUAAAUGCUUUCCUAUGAGACCGGCUGAAUGCGCGCGCAGCUCUUGCCGCGCGUGCGCAUUCAGCCGGCGGGGCGUAACGGAGGCGGAGAGGAGGAGGAGAGCUCUCCGCCCAGCGCUGGAAAAAGGUAAGUUUUAACCCCUUUCCCCCUUCCAGAGCUGGGCGAGAGUGGGACCCUGAGGGUGGGGGCACCCUCAGGGCACUAUAGUGCCAGGAAAACGGGUAUGUUUUCCUGGCACUAUAGUGGUCCUUUAAUGGAGAAUGGUUUUAAUGGCUGUCAGGUUACCUGUGACUGACUGACACUUUGUGUUUUUAUGAAAGCUAAGUAAAAAGGUUAACUAUGUUUUAUGUGUGGUAAUAUUCUUAUUCAAGAUUGGUAAGCCACCUUUAAUUCAAUUUAAUCAAUACCACUGUCUAGCUCAACUAAAAGUUAAAUAAGUUGUUUGUGUUUAUUGUAUGGUCUCUUAAGUCCUUUAUUUAUAAAUAUUGCCUACCGUACAUAUGCUUCCCGUUGGCUUCUCUUCUUUGUAUAUCAUUGUCCCACCCAUCCACUGGUUCCCCAAAUUAAAUCUUCUUGCCUACAUUCAUAAAGCACUCCACAGCAUCUUUCUUAUUGUGACGCCAACUUUUCUUUUCUUACCCAGAGUCUGUCAUGUUUAGAACUCUUCCCAAGCUGUUCCAUAUCCCUGGAACUCCUUAUGAUGUGAUUUUUCUGAUCUUUGCAUUCUCUCCUCUUUAAAUUCCUUAAUUAUUCUUCAAGUCUUUCAUUUAUCAAUAAUCUAUUCAAUAGAUAUUAAUUAGCCUAACUAGCCUAAUUCCAAUUUUUAUCACUGGAGUUCAAGGGAUGUGGUCCAUUCUGGCUCAUUUUUCCACUACCAGAUUGUAGAAAAAAUUACCUAAGGCUGCCAUACUAGGGAUAUAAAAUUACUUUCUCUAAACACUAAUAUAACAUCAAUGGCAACUAAAACAACUGGAGAUAAUAAAGGUGAGAAUAAAUAUGAAAAGAAAAAGGAAGAGAAACCUUUGGAAAAAAGGAAAGAUAAAGAUAAAAAAAACUGGCCUCCAUAUUCUCUCCAACUAUUACCAGAACCACUUCAAGCGAUGCCCAACAUAGCCUAAUUGAUGAAUCUAUGGCAAUGGGUGAUACAGACUUCGAUAAAUCUCAUUUAGAUUCUCUGGGGAAUCAAAAUCACAGGUAUUCACCCUUGACUCCCUAAAAAUAUACUUGGACAAACAAUUUGCUCAGUUAUAAAAUGAUAUGGUCAAGAACACAAAAGAAAUAACGUCGAAGUUAAAAGACUGGAAGAAAAAAAUGAAAUCCAACUAUCAGAAUGUAAGACUAAACUGAAUACUGCUGAAGAAACAAUGGCUAACUUACAUGAUAAAAUCAAAUCACUGGAGCUUAAUGUUCAGAACCUGGAAGACAGACAUAGAAGAAUAAACCUGCGAAUACGAGGAGUCACAGAAGAUAUACAAUCUCAGGAUCUGGAAGAGUACUUCACAGAAUUUAUAUCUGUUCUAAAAAUUGGAGAUCAAUAUAAAGAAAUAUUAUUCGAGAGAAUACACAGAAUAUCUAAGCCAAAGGGCGUUCCAGAGUCUGCUCCAAUGGAUAUAAUUAUAAGAUUCCAUACUUACAAACACAGAGGACUACUCUCAUAAGCUUUCAGAGAUGUAUCAGCAUUUCCAAAGAAAUUCCAACACUUAAGAUGUUUCCCAGACGUGUCCAGAUCCACUAGAAUAUUCAGAAGAUCUUUCUAUGAGACUACCACCACUCUAAGAAAUAACAUAAAAUAUAGUUUGGGUUUCCCAUUGAGUUCGACUCUGCCCAAAAAGCCACUUCUUGCAGAAGUCAAAAUGUUUUUCCUAAAUGAUGAUAAUGGUAAAAUGUAAAGUCUCAAUAGUUAAACUAAUUUAUUGCUCUGCUUAUGUUUUUCUUUCCUCCCUACUAUAAAGUAGAGUUAAUUUAGUAUACCUAUCCCCUCCUAUGAUAAAUGCACUUCAUAGAAUCACUAUUGAUAAUGGUUUCACAAAUAUGAAUUAGACAAAAUGAUUAAAGUUGGCACUCUUAUAAACUUGAUAAAAUUCGAAACAGAGUUGGUGGGAUAAGAUAAGGACGAGAGGGGGUAAGAGAAGAGGGAGGGGUAGGGAGUAGACAUAUGAUGGGAGGGAUAGGGAGUGGAGAUAAUGGAAUAAAAGCAUUUAGAUAUUUACAAUAAUGGGUAAAAAUAAUGAACUAAAAUUCACAUGGGAUUUUUUUAUAGUUUAAUUGAAAUUGCACAAAGAUGGAAAGUUUGACUAAGUUUGCUAGAAUGGAUAGAUAAUGCAAUAUCUAUUAAGCAUCAUGGUUCAAAUAUAACAUUCACACAAUUUAAAUGUUGGGAUAUACUCACGAGUACGUUUAACUAAUUUUAAUGUUUACUUAUGCUUAAAAUGGAUGAAUGUGUAUUAAUAUUGUAGAAUAAAUAACGUAACUAUUCACUGCCCUACAGUACAGCUCUUGAUAGAAGAGCUGACAGAAAAAGUGUCUACCAAGGGAAAGGGGGUAAGACAUACUAUUUGGGACAAUGACGCUCGUAAGGGUUUUUCAAGAGUAAUUUUUUUUUUUUCUUUUUUAAACCCUUUGAGGUUUUUUUUUUUUGUUUGUUUGUUUUGUUAUAUGGUUGUAUUUGUCUUAUAUGUUGAGCGGAUUGUGCGUGGCCAACCUGAGGAAUUACGUAGCAUAAAGAGGAUUAAUGUUAGAGGGGAAUAAGAUUAGAAUUAUAAAUUUGAACGUUAAGGGUCUGAAUACUCCACAGAAACGUAAGCUUUUAGUAGAUCAUUUAUGGAAAAAGAAAAUUACUGUCGGAUUUAUACAAGAAACACACUGGAAAGCUGGAAACUCAAACAUGAAAAGUUUUCUAUUAUCCAACUCUUGUCUCCUCAGAUUAUAGCUCUAAAAACAGAGGAGUUGCAAUUUUUAUUUUAAAGAAUGUAACUUAUAAAGAACUAUAUAGAGAAGUGGAUAAGAAUAGCAGAUAUGUGUUCUUGAUCUGUGAAUUGCAAGGGAAAAUCAACUUAAUAUAUAUGCUCCAAAUAAACAACCUGAAAAAUGUAUUAACAUAUUAACCAAGUUUGAAAACAAGGUACAGGGGUCCUUUAUAGUUGGAGGAGACCUUAACUGUGUGGUAGAUGUAUCAAUGCAUAAAAAGGUUCCACAAGAAAGGAAACAACAAAAUAUCAUAAAAACAUUGGUUCUGCAGAAUGUCAUAUCUAAAUUUAAUAUAUAUGUGGAGAGUAAAACAUCCUGAUGAAAAGGAGUUCACUUUUUACUCUAAUCCUCACUUGUCAUAUUCUAGAAUAGAUUAUUUUUUGGUUAAAAUACAGUUAAUUCAACAAUGUUACCUAAUUAAAAUUUAGGAUAUCACCUGGUCGGACCAUUCGGCUGUGAUUAUGGAAAUAGGGUUAGAUGCUAAUGAACCACGAUCACAAUGGAGGCUGAAUAAGAGAUUAUUUACUCAUUCUAAAACUAUUGAUUAUAUGUCGGAGAGGAUUAAAUUAUACUAUGAAGAAAAUACGACACCAGAAAUCUCAAAGCAAAUCUUAUGGUGUGCCUUUAAGAGUGUAAUAAGGGGUUAUUUAAUUAAAUUGGGGUCUGGAAAAAAAAAAGGGUAACAAGGCCUAUCUUUAAAUCAACUAUACCUUGAAUUCUAUAAUUUAAAUAAAAAAAAAUAAAAUCUCCCCUACAAAGGAGUUUAAUCAACAAAUAUCAGAAAUAUCCAAGAAGGUCAAUACUAUUUUAUUGGCAAAAGUGAAUUUCGCUCUACAAAAGCUAAAUCUGAAUUGGUACCAUAAAUGCAACAAAGCUGAUAAAAUGCUUUCCAAUAGACAAAAAAAUAGAAAAGCUAGAUCGAGCGUCAAAAAGAUCAUAGUAGAUGGUCAUAGUUAUAAUGACCCAAAAUCAAUAGGUAAUGCCUAAUAAAUUCUACGCACAUCUUUAUAAUCUCUCCUCCAGCCCCCAGGAAUUAGAUAUAUGUGAAUAUCUGGAUGGGAUUAAAUUGCCAACUCUUACAGAUGGCCAGCAGAAAGAGUUAAACUUACCUUUCUCGGAAUCUGAGGUUAGUCUGGUAAUUAACAGGCUUAAGCUGAAUAAAGCCCCAGGUCCUGACGGGUAUACUAAUUGGUUUUUUAAGAAAUUUAAAAAUGAGCUAUUGCAACAUCUAGUAGAUACAUUUAACAAGAUUAGAGAAUCGGGUCUCCUUUUGAAAGAAUUAUUACAGGCUAAUAUCUCACCGAUAUUAAAAUCCGAUAAGGACCCAACUAAUCUGGUAAAUUACCGGCCUAUAUCUCUUAUAAACUCCGAUAUUAAAAUUUAUUCUGCUGUCAUUGCAAAUAGACUUAAAUCAAUUAUUCCAUCUUUAAUGCAUCAUGACCAAAUAGGCUUUGUUCAGAAUAGAGAUCCAAGUAAUAACACUCGAAGAUUGACUGCCCUGAUUGAUUAUGUAACAAGGAGCAAGAUCCCUAUGUUGGCCCUGUCACUGGAUGCUGAUCAGGUGUUUGACAGGGUCAGCUGGAGUUUUAUGAACCAGACUCUGGACAAAUUUGGAUUUGUUGGCUCCAUUAAAACUGCAAUAAUGGCUCUUUAUUCUAGUCCAACGGCUAAAACCGUGGGCCCUGGCAUCUCCGCAGAUUGGCUUACAAUUUCUAACUGGACCAGGCAGGGAUGUCCCCUGGCCUCGCUUUUAUAUAUUUUGACUCUUGAACCGCUUGCAGUGAGCAUAAGAAACAACUAUCAAAUUAAAGGAGUUUUCUGAAUCAUUCUGAAUUGAAGAUCAGCCUAUAUGCUGAUGACAUAAUAACAUUGUCUGAUCCGGAUAUAUCACUAGGGGCCUUGUUUCGGGAGUUGGAAGACUAUAUGGUAGAGUUUCAAACUAUAAAUUAAAUAUUGGUAAAUCCCAAAUUAUGCCCAUCAAUUUAGAUUUUACGACAAUAGAUUAUCAGUUAAAAUAUACCUUCACUUGGUCAUCACAAGGUUUUAAAUAUCUUGGGAUUCAUUUCUCUUAUAGCUUAAAAGAAAUGAUUGAUAAAACGUGGAUAAUCUUAUAAAAGAUACCAGUGAUAAAUUACUCAAAGAGUGGAGAAACAUAGGAAUUUCCUGGUUGUGAAGAAUAAAUAUCAUCAAAUCAUAUAUUCUACCUCAUUGGUCAUACAUGUUCAGAAUGAUCCCUUUAUUUAUAACAAUAACUAAACUAUUAUUUAUAAUUAUUUCUGAAUUCCAUAUGGGAUUAUAAGAGGUCAAUGAACUUGAUCUUACAUGUAAUGAAAAAGUCCAGUAAGGGUGGCCUGGCUGUCCAAAAUCUUAUCAGAUAUUACGAAGCUUCUAGGCUGUACCAUCUGUGGAGAUGGCAGGGCCCAACCACAAUAGAAGAGCCUUGGUAUAAAAUUGAAUCCUUUUAUGUGUAAUUCAAAAGAUCUUUCUAAUAUGUUAUGGAUUGACGUUGGGGCUAGUGCAAAAUUCAUCUCCAACAUAGAAACUUCAUACAUAAAAGAUAUCUAUGUAAUUUGGGUAAAAUACAGGAAAAGAAAUCACAUUUUAAAUAAAAUUUCUAAGUACAGUCCAAUUAAGACAAUGGAAUAUAAUAUUUAAUUACCUAAAUUUAGGUAUUUGGUUCAACUAAAAUAGAUGAUUUAUUAGAAUUGAAUAAAAUAAGGUCUUUUUCAUAUCUUCAGUUAAGUCUUGACCUAAAUUCAAGAGAGUUAUUCUCAUACCUAAGAAUCAAAAAAUUAUUUGGAUAACGAUCUGCUUUGUGACAACACUAGGAUAAAUAAAAAAAAAAAUGAUCUAUUUAAAAAUAAUACUAAUGGUAAAUCGAUAUCUAGUUGGUAUGAAAUAUUGAGAGAGGAAGAAAGAGUCUAAACCAAAAGCCUGGAUAAACUGGGAACAAGUGGGUCUCCAAUCAAGUUAGAGCAGUGGUAUAGAUCAAUUCAAGAAGUUAAAAAAUCGUUGCAUUGUUUAAAUAUUAUAGAGCUCCAUUAUAAAAUUCUUCAUCAAUGGCAUAGGGUACCAAAAAUUCUAAAUAGCAUUAACCCUGAUAAUUCCAAACUUUGUUUGAGGUGUACUUGUGCUGAAGGUAGCUGUAAACAUAUCUGGUGGGGAUGUAAGCUUUAAAGACCUAUAUGGAAUAAAGCAUAUAGAGUUAUAUCAGAUUUAGUGGGAGAAGAUUUGGAAGAUAACUUAAUGGUUGCUCUUUUUCAUUUUAAUUUACGAAGAUUCUCAACUCAAAAUGGAUAUCUAAUAAUCCAACUUAUGAUGGCCAUAAAAAUAGAAAUAUCAAGAUAUUGGCUACAGAAAAAGACUCCAUCGUGGACCCAAGUGCUAUCUCAGCUUAAAUACCAACACGAUAUGGAAAGGGGAAUAUCUUUUCAAUAUGAUAGCCACUUAACAUUUGAUGAGAAAUGGUUACCUUGGCUAUAUAAUCUGAUAUAACUAUAUACCUUGUUGCGUUCUCGGUUAUGAAUAUCCUUAUAUAUAAAGAUCACUCUAGUUCUUCCCAAUGGUACUGUAUUCAGGAAAGUUAUGAAGUAACCUAAUUUUUAUAGUUUAGGCCCGCCUAAUCCGCUCAGUCCUUUUUAAAUUGUGAUACUUGUGUUUUUGUGUGUGAAGUUUACUCAACAGUUCAUAUAUCCUUCUAUUGUAAAUCAAAGUCUAUAUGUCUAAUUCUGAACUGUUUUUGUCUGUGAUGUUAUACAUGUAAAAUUUGCAAAAAGAAUAAUAAAAAAUAAUCUAUUCAAUACACUCUCUAUAUUUAAGCUACAACACACCGCAAGAAUGUGUAUCACCUAAUACUUCCCUUUCUAAUUGUAACCCAUCAAAAUCUACAUGAAUCAGUCUGUUUGAGCAGGUAAAUAAAUGGGUAUGGCAUUUACUCAUUGUACCUUGUUUCACAGUCUGUCAGCACUAUGUAUGAAGAAUAAUAUUUGUAUCCAUUUUGUUCAAUGUAGCUAUAAUCGGUUUCUUUAUAAUGUUCUUAACAUGCUUACAGAACCACAGUGUCUUCAAAUGCGUGAUGAAUGUACUUCUGUACAGACAAUAUUUAUUUUAUUUUUUUUCUCCACCCAAACACUUUGCUGAUGUGUCAUAGAUAAUCAUGUUCAUUUUUAUAGGUAGAGUUGCUCUUUCAUGAAUGGCUUAUGGUUCAGACUGACCCAAAUAGCAGUUCUGGAUCUCUUUCUAAGCAUUUCCUGCGUCGAGAUGAACUGCAGGAAUAUCUGUUGGACCUGGAAAAGAAGAUAUUAGCUGGUUUGUCUGAAAACAAGCAGCAAUGGGCAACACAAGCACACCACACCAUAGAAAGAGAACUACAGGCAGGAGGAUUACCUGGAGUGUCCAAGGAGGUAAUUAAAUAUUUAAUUUGUGUGUGUGGUUUUUUUCUUUUUUUCCUUCAAUGUGUUUAUCAUCUAUUUUGUCUUCUAUACUAUGUGAACAAGGACUCCCUCCCUUCUCAUUUUCUUCCUCUUUCUGUAUUUAACUAUGUAUAGUUGUGCUUUUACACUUUUAAUUCUAGAUUUCUUCAUGUCCACGGUACUGAUUUUCAACAUAUCUACAAAAUCCAAUCCUAUAAUGGUUUUUUGUCUUUACUAGGAAGUCCAUGAUAUUGUGAAUCGUGCCCUGCAAAGAUACAGUGAGGAUCGAAUUGGCCUGGUAGAUUAUGCUCUGGAGUCUUCAGGUAUGUUGUAUACUAAAGUUUUUAUUUAUUUUAUUUUUUUACACAACUUGUAAUGAAGCAAUAAUAACCAAAGAAAAAAGUUACUUGUGCACUAUCCCAAAUACCUAUGUAUACUUAAAUAACCGAAGUUUUUUUUAGUAUCACUCCAAUGACCAUUUAAGUGUAAGCUCACAACGUCAAGACAAAACCUCUUGGUAUUGAGUUCUACACUAACAUCUCACCAUAUGGUGGAACUGAAUCCCCAUAUGUGUUUGUUUGAGAGAGGUGAUUUUAAGUAGCCUUGUAAAAUUUAGAACUGUAUAUGUGUGUAUGCGCUUUUCCUUAGUCUGUAUUUUAUAUUCCUAAUGAAUGAACCUUUCUACAUGUUAUAGGAGCCAGCGUUAUAAACACCAGAUGUUCUGAAACCUAUGAAACAAAGACUGCUCUCCUUAGUCUGUUUGGCAUUCCGCUUUGGUAUCAGUCUCAAUCACCUCGAGUUAUUCUUCAGGUAUCCUAAUAUUUAAUUAGAAAGCAAAUCUUUUGAUUUAGUUAUAUAUUUUCAAUAAUGCUGAAAUAAUUAUUCAUAACCAAUUACUGGCUGAAUAUAUUUGCAAAAAAAUUAAAUGAAUACUGGCUACAUAAGCAAAAAAAUCAAUCAAUCAAUUAUGCUGAACUAAUCUAUCCCAGACAUGUGUUGCAAUAUGGGUAAUCAAUCAUAACUACAUUAUUUUAUCAAAUGAAGAAUAUCACACACAGCCUCCCUCUCCCUCCCCCGCCAAAGCAUUUAUAUAGAAGAUUUAUAUUGCAUACAUAAUAUUGUGAGUACUUUGUAUUGCAGCCAGAUUCAAAUCCCGGUAACUGCUGGGCCUUUCGCGGGUCCCAGGGGUAUGCUGUCAUCCGUCUAUCCAGCCGUAUCCGGCCAACUGCAGUUACACUGGAUCACAUCCCUCGCUCAUUGUCCCCAAAAGCCACAGUUUCAAGUGCACCCAAGGAUUUCUCUGUCUUCGUAAGUCUACAAGGCUGAUUUUAUUCUGCACUUUUUGCUCUGUUUUAUUUUGUAUUUUUUGCCAGGUCAUAGUUAAUGGAACUGUUGGUUUGUUAAAGUGUUUCUUCAACCCUUUUUUUUUUUUUUUUUGGUUGUAAUGAGAAUAAUGCCCUAUUGAUAUGAUUCUUUAGAUUCUACUCCUUCCCCAACCCCCCAAAAAAAAUUGUUAUAAAAAAUAAAAUUUCGGGGGCGGUUCCUGGCCAGCAUGGCAGACAGACAUGCAUGAAGUGCGCUCCAUGCAUACAGCCUGCAAAAGACCUACUGAGGGAAUAUUACCUUCGGAGGUUGCCCACUGAACACUUACCUGUUCCUGAACACCAGGGAGCUCACACGAUCAAGUUUGUAGUAGUUACAUAGUUACAUAGCUGAAAAGAGACUUGCGUCCAUCAAGUUCAGCAUUCCUCACAUUUUUUUUUUGCUGUUGAUCCAAAAGAAGGCAAAAAAAAAAAAAACAGUUUGAAGCACUUCCAAUUUUGCAACACACUAGGAAAAAAAUUCCCUCUUGGCCCCGGAAUGGAAGUCCGAUUAAUACUUGAAUCAAGAAGUUAUUACCCUACAUUGAAAACGUAUAACCUUGAAUAUUCUGUUUUUGCAAGUAUGCAUCUAGUUGCUGUUUGAACAUCAGUAUGGACUCGGGGGAAAAAAAUCACUAGGCCUAUGACUACGGGCUGUCCUGCGGCCUAUCUGUUCUGGGGAUUUUGUGGUGGGGAGAAGCGGCCGAUCGCCCAGCCUGGAGCUAUCAUAGUGUGAACACCUCAUAUCUACAGCCCUGUUUCCUCUCCCCCUCUGGACUGGUGGGAGUUAUCCUGGUCCCAACCAGGGAAAAGCUAAAGUAACCCACAAGGCUAAAUGGCCACUACUCACCCUGACAAGACGAGCCCUCGUGUCACACCUAAGAUGGCCGCCACUCCAACGGAGCAAUCAAGCCCAGAGUGGGAAGCCAAGUUCCAUGCAGCCUUCUGGAGUCCGAUUAAAUCACUGCAGAGGGCUCUACUACUCACCUUACGUAGGACAGAGGAGCUGGUCUGGGAGAUCAUCUGGUGCACUCGGGUGGUUGUGGAUCCCCUACUAAGCUGCAUAUGUGAGCAGAGCCGAUCACCCUCUGAAGCCUGUCAGAGGAAUUGGCUAAAACAUCUCUGCUGCUGAGAAUCUAAAAUGCCCUUGUUAUGUGGUGUAGUCAGUUGUCUAGCAUUUUACAGCACUUCCUAAUAGGAUAUUUAGUCUACUUAAUUCUGGUUAUGGUACUUGAUUCACAAUUGUUUUAUAACUGGUGGUGUUAAUCCCCUUACCCCUGUUCAGUUAAUCACGCAUGUUUAUUCAAACUUAUGACCACUCUCAACAUGUCUGAAGUUUUCCCUAUGCCAUGCUUUUCACUUAUAUACGUACAUUUUUAGCUAGCAUGAUUAAAAAAUGUGCAGUUCCUCCUGACAUUUUGUUUCCUAACUCUAAGCCUAUAUUCAAACGGUUUGCAUUGCACCAUAUGUCAUAGUCAGUACGUAUAUAUUCACUGCACUUCAAAAAAUAAUUUUUUUAUUUUUUUUUAAUUCUUUAAGUUUCACUUACCUUGAUUCCAGAAGUUGGCAAAGCCCCCCUUCUGAAGUCAUGAAUGGCGUGCCGAGGUUCAAAUAAAGGCUACUCUUAGAGAAGCCUUUGAUUGGACUGUUUUAACCGGCUAUGGAUGCAUGCUCAUUCCGAAUUUGUUCUCCUUUUCUUAAUUUCUGAUUGGUUUAGCAAAUUAUAGAUAAAGAGAGGUGAUUUUGGAGCAAAACAAUAUGGAACGGGGGAAAGCUAGGGGUUGAGAAGUAAGGGGGUUAAAAAAAAAAUAAAGUUUGUGUGACAGGGCAGCUUUCAUAUUAUCAGGUCUUCUUCCUGUUUGCUUGAGUUUUCCCCUUAAUAAGAAAGGGAUACUGUUUUCCAUAAUUUGAUAGUUUAACCCCUUAAGGGCCAAACUUCUGGAAUAAAAGGGAAUCCUGACAUGUCACACAUGUCAUGUGUCCUUAAGGGGUUAAGGGAUAACUAUAAGCACCAACGCAACUUUAGCUUAAUGAAGCAGUUUAGUUGUAUAGAUCAUGCCACUGCAGUCUCUGCUCAAUUCUCUGCUAUUUAGGAGUUAAAUAAUUGUAUUUCUGUUUAUGCAGCCCUAGCCACACCUCCCCUGGCUGUGGCUCACACAGCCUGCAUUAAAAAAAAAUAGAAACGUUUAAAGCAAGUUAAUAUCUCCUGUUCUGUAAAUUUAACUGUAAUCACACAGGCUCAUGCAAGCCCUAUAAGACUAUUAACAGAGCAGGAGAUGAGAAAAUCUAAAUUAAACAGAUUGUGCAAAAAUGGAAGUUCUAAACAUUAGAUCUCUCUUUCCAGGAAGUGUUUAGGAAGGCUGUGCAAGUCACAGGAAGGGAGAUGUGACUAGGGCUGCAUAAGCAAAGUGAUUUAACUCCUAAAUUGCAGAGAAUCAAACAGUGAGACAUGAUCUGUAUACCAAAUCUGAUUUAUUAAGCUUAAGUUGUUUUGGUGUCUGUAAUGUCCCUUCUUUUUUUUUUUUCUUUUCUUUUUUUUUUUUAUAUUUGUAGUAUGAUCAGAUUAAAGUGUUCGCACUUUGUUUGCCCUUUUUAAAGUAACUUUUAUAAAAGGUUCUAUAAAUUUCCUUUUACUUCAUACCGCUAGUUUACUCUAAGAAUUGUGGGUGUUAUGUACAGUUUAUUAUAUACAGUAUUUUUUUUUUCACAAUGAUUUACAUUUUUUUUCCCAGGGUUUGGAUGAAGAGACAGAGAAAGAGGGGCUUCUUCUGGGUAAUUUCACUUACAAUCAGAAUGGAAACCCCAUACAGACCUUUGUCAUAGAGGUAACCUGUUAUAAACUGGUACAUACAAUAAAGAGGUUUAUUCAGGAAAAGCAGACUAUAAAGUGUUACUCCAACCAAAAACAGUAUUUUAAUAAACCUGUGGCUGGAAUAAGCCUUGCUAGCAUGGCCCCCACCCCCAUUGUAUGAAUAAAGGAAGUUCUCCAAGGAUACCAUAGAAACAUAGAAUGUGACAGCAGAUAAGAACCAGUCUGCCCAAUUUUUAAAAUACUUUCAUUAGUACUUGGCCUUAUCUUAUAGUUAGGAUAGCCUUAUGCCUAUCCCACGCAUGCUUAAACUCCUUUACUGUGUUAACCUCUACCACUUCAGCUGGAAGGCUAUUCCAUGCAUCCACUACCCUCUCAGUAAAAUAAUACUUCCUGAUAUUAUUAUUUUUUUUUGCCCCUCUAAUUUAAGACUGUCCCCUUGUUGUGGUAGUUUUUCUUCUUUUAAAUAUAGUCUCCUCUUUUACUGUGUUGAUUCCCUUUAUGUAUUUAAAUGUUUCUAUCCUCAUCCCUUGUCUCGUCUUUUUCCUCCGAGUUAUACAUGUUAAGAUCCUUUUAACCUUUCAUUGUAAGUUUUAUCCUGCAAUCCAUGAACCAGUUUAGUAUCCCUUCUCUGAACUCUCUCUAAGGUAUCAAUAUCCUUCUGGAGAUACGGUCUCCAGUACUGUGUACAAUACUCCAAGUGAGGUCUCACCAGUAUUCUGUACAAUGGCCUCUGUUGCCUGUCACUCAGCCACUGCCUUACCCAUUCAACAAUAUUUGAAUCCAAACUUAAAGAUUGCAGUUUACUGAUAAGCCUUCUAUGUGCAACAGUGUCAAAAGCCUUACUGAAAUCUAGGUAAGCAAUGUCUACUGCACCACCCUGGUCUAUAAUUUUAGUUACCCAAUCAAAAAAAUCAAUAAGAUUAGUUUGGCAUGAUCUCCCAGAAGUUUUUUACCACUCCCCCUUUGUCGUUUAGGGAAGAUGUGUGCAGCAUGAAAGGAGUGGGUUUACACACACACACACACACCUCCAUCGGUUAUCUCUACUAGCACGCGAGAUGCCUUUUAUGCACAAACUUUAUAUUGGUUAAUGACGUUGCUAGAGGUGGAGUUACUCAUCAGCAGCAAAUUGCUGUCUCUCUGUAUGUAAAUAAACAAUAGUGACUGGACAUCUAUGACUUUCCAGUCAUUAAAGCACCAACUCCAAAAUGGUAGGAUAGGACCUGUGACUAAAUAGACGGGUUCCUGCCACUACCAAUGAUCGACUAAUAGAUCUGUUGUACCCACCCUGCCCAUGAGCUUAAGAUGCGGGUACUGCAAUAAUAGGUGGGUGGCCAUACAGAGUGGGGGUAGACAUUAUGGUUUGAUAAACAUGCGAUAGUCUCUGCCUGACUGAUGGCUAGUGGUGGGGCCUAUAUUGAAGCUAAAGGUAGGAAAAUGCUAGCUUUAGUGGUUAGAGAAUAACCACUGUGUGUAUUAUCUUAUUUUAUAUAUUUUGCUUAUCUCGUAUGAUGUUUCUUGUCCUGCAUCUUGACUCAAAGUAUCUUUUUAAUUAGGGGAAAAAACAAAAACCUGAUGUGAUCCAAAGAAUUCUUUCGCUACAAUAAGCUGAAUUAUUGUAGUUCUUUGAUUUUGUAAUUUUAGUUAAAUAGAACAAUUAUUUUUGGCCUCACAAAUUGUUUAUUUGUUUUUGUUUUCUAAGGGAGACAAGACAUCUACCUACCAACUAAUAGAGCUAAGAAUCCAGAGCAACUGGGGACAUCCAGAAUACACCUGUAUCUACCGUUUCCGUGUGCAUGGAGAGACAGAAAUGUAGGAAUGUGCAAAGGAAUCAUUUUUGCUUAACUGCCUCAUUCAUAGAGGCCUUCUGAAGAAGUAUGAAUGCACAUUAGAUGGGAUGUGCUUCAUGUGCAGGCACUUUGUUUAUUACCUUUGGCUCUCGUGACUGGUUGCAGUAUUAAUUGAAAGAAAGAAAAAAAAAAAAAAACACACACACACACACCGCAUCGCUACACAUUGUAAAUAAAAUUACUUUGAUCAAAGGCUGGUCCAAAGAAGACUUAAUAUAUUACAAUUUGUUUCCACUUCAAGUAAAACCCCCUCCUGUAUUAUACAGAAUCUGGGAGCUUUACAAAACCUACCUUUAAAAUCCUUCAAGGAAAAACUGCAACAACCUUCACAAGAAUCAGGCAGAGAAUGUAGAACAUUACAUGCACUUAUUUGUACUUAUUUUGUAUAAAUAUGGACUACAGUUUUAGGAGAAUCUGUAUUAGCCCAGUGAUGUAGAUGCAAAAUAAGAUACUGCAGUACAUUAUUUUUUUUUCUUGAACCGCACUAGCAGUAUUUUUGAAAAACAUUGUUUGGAAAGAUCUACCCUUAUAAUCAAAGGAUAAAGUAUUUUAGAUUUAAUAAAUGGAGGAUCUCCCAAAAGAUUAGCUGUCCAAAAUUGGUUACCCAACUAAAAAUGUAUUAGGAGAUGCUCUGAUAAUCUGCAUGUUGCAUCUGUAUAAUUAUGUAUAAUGUAUGGAUCCAGUUGACAUUAAUCUGACACAGUAGUGGCUCAUCAUAAGUUCAUUGCAUAAAAGAGUGAAUAAAGAAGAGAGUUCAUGUACGUAAUUAUGUACGUACGUUGUGGAAUGUAUACAUCAACUUUUUAUUGGUCCAAGAGGUUGUCCUGCAUUUUACAGCACACAAGAAGAUGUCCUUACUACUUUUAGCAUCUGAGUAUUUUGUAGUCUCUGACCAUGAUUGAAUGUAAACUGUUGUCUAGUUAGUGGGUUGAUGUUUUUGCCUCUUCAAAGACGGCUUUAGUUUUAAAACAUGGUGUUCUAUUUAUAUUUAUUUUUUUGUCUCCAAUACCAAUUUCCAGCUCUGACUGCCCUUUCUAAUAUGCAGGUCUUCUUUGAACUGUAAAAUGCAUAAUAACACUCUGACACAUGAACACACAUUGAACAAUUUUAAAUGUGAGCUGUAUAUUAAAUGUUAUUUCAAUGGCUGAAGUACUACCCCCAUGAACGUUGAUUUGUACAUUGAAUAACAUGUAACUUAAACAUGGUGCUAGACAAACGACAGGUAAAAUGUAUACUUUGCUAAAUAUUUCUUUAACUAUGAUGGCUAGUACAUGUAUGAUGAAUAUCAUCAUGAAGAGCAGUUCAGAAUUGCAGACUGUUUUUAAAGGGACACUAUAGUCACCAGUGCAACUACAUGUAUUCCUGACCCUAUAGUGUUAACACCACCAUCUAGCACCCCGUGUAUAGUAAAACUCUUACUGUAUUCAAGCCAGAAGCUGUAACUCUGCAUGCUGUUUGCACAAUGCUUCCCCAUAGGAUUGGCUGAGACUGACAAGGAGGCAGAUCAGGGGCAGAGCCAGCAUGAUUCAAACACCGCCCUGGCCAAGCAGCAUCUCCUCAUAGAGAUGAAUUGAAUCACUGAAUCUCUAUGAGGAAAGUUCAGUGUCUGCAUGCAGAGGGAGUGUCUGCAUGCUGCCCUGUGCUCUGCUGACAGCAGAUCUGAGUGGAUUGAGGAGUUUUAUGCCUCAAUCAACUCGAAAGUCCCUCUGGUGGCAUUCUGAGUGACUGCAACUGGAGGUGUUCCUAGCUUUCAAUGUAAACACUGUAUUUUCUCAGAAAAUAGUGUUUAUAUGAGAGAGGCUGCAGGGAGCUAUAGUUCUCACCUGAACAAUCUCAUUAAGCUGAAGUUGUUCAGGUGACUAUAGUGUCCCUUUAAAGGACCACUCUAGGCACCCAGACCACUUCAGUUUAAUGAAGUGGUCUGGGUGCCAGGUCCAGCUAGGGUUAACCCAUUUUUUUCAUAAACAUAGCAGUUUCUCUGAAACUGCUAUGUUUAUGAAUGGGUUAAGCCUUCCCCCAAAAGCCUCUAGUGGCUGUCUCAUUGACAGCCACUAGAGGCGCUUGCGUGCUUCUCACUGUGAUUUUCACAGUGAGAGCACGCCAGCGUCCAUAGGAAAGCAUUAUGAAUGCUUUCCUAUGUGACCGGAUGAAUGCGUGCGCAUUCAGCCAACGGGGAGGAGAAGAGGAGGAUCGGAGGAGGAGAGCUCCCCGCCCAGCGCUGGAAAAAAGGUAAGUUUUACCCCCUUUCCCCUUUCCAGAGCCGGGCGGGAGGGGGACCCUGAUGGUGGGGGCACCCUCAGGGCACUAUAGUGCCAGGAAAACAAGUAUGUUUUCCUGGCACUAUAGUGGUCCUUUAAGGCUUUGUAUGCGAAAUACUGAAUCAUGUAUUAGUAAACAUAAAACCUGUCCAGCCUUUUGCUUGCUUGAUGUAUGAUUCUAAAAAUGGCACCAUGAUUUAAAUUUCUUUAAAAAAAAAAAAAAAAAUUCUCUCUCGUUUUGGUGGCUCUGAAAAGGUUUCCUCAUUUGAACAAAAGAUAAUUUGUUUGCUACUUUAUCACUUUUAUUACCAGUUCUCAAAUGAGGAAAUAUAUAAAAUUUGCAUUGUUGGAGUUACAUGACCAACUAAUCCUAAACUCAACUGGAUACAAUUACACAUACACAUCAAUAAGUGUAUAUAGAAUUUAUUUCACAAUGUUUUUAACAUCAAUGGAGUUUAGCAUUUUUAAUAAGGAUAUUCUGAAAACCAUUUGUAUAUAUAUCCAGUUUUCCACACAUGCAUAUUGGCAGUGAGGUGGUUUUUUGGGGGUUUUUUUAGGGAGCAGUAGAGAUUUGGUAUAUUCAUGUAAAGAAUGUGUAAUAUGCUUAGUAAUUUUAUGUUUCUGAACUUAUGGUUUUCCACUGGUGUCUUCGUCAUAAUAAUUUACUCUGCUGGCAGAUCUCGAUUCAGAAUACUCUUUUUUUAUGUAUGAACAGCUUUUGUAAUGUUGAUGUACUCCUGGUUCUUUACUAGUGUGAACUGUCAGAAAUACAAGGUGAAUAUCAAAAUUUUAGGCCAAAAUAGUAACAUUGGAGAGAAGAAAAAAAAAUCUUUAAAUCUGUUUUGGAUUUGGCUAUUUCGGACUAAAAUUUUUAAUUAAUUUUGAAUUCUCAAUAAUUCACAUGUUAGUGAAUAACCGUGCAGGAGGUUAGACCUGUGCUAGAAUAAGAUUUUAUAGUGAUAAGUAUAGGUAGAUAUAUUUGUUUCCACCACCUAUUAGAACAUUUUGUACAUUGAACCUUAUUGUUCUUGGCAACUAGUUUGUUUGUUUUGUGUGUUUUUUUUUUUUUUUAAGAACUUUAGAGUCGUCGUAGCGCUGCUAGCUAAUUAUUUAACAUAUAUACUUUUUUACAACAAAGUCAUAUAUUGCAUUGAACACUUAAAGUGUAGGUAUGCCUUUAUGAGCAGCGGUACAUGUAUAAUAUAUAUUAAUAACGGUUUACAGGCGGAAUGAAGAAAAAAAUAGCUAUUUUAAUUCCAUCAUGCUGAAAGCAUGUAAACAAAGUGGAAACAUAACCUUUCCAGAAAUUGUAUGUAUAUAGACAUCGUGUCCACAGCCUACUUUGAUGCUGGAACAAUAAUUAGAGUUUCCAAACUAAAACACAUUCAGCAGUUUUGUUACUGGUUAUAGCUGUGCAUUGUCACCAGAAAGCUACCAGAUUCACAGGGGUGCUACAGAUGACCACAAAACAUUGCAAUACAGAUGGCAAAUGGCAUAGUAUCUGGACAUCUGUUAACUUUCUGUAUAAAUAAGCAUCCUGACAUUGACAUGGCUUUUUUUUUUUUUUAAAUAAAAAUAUUAUAUUAAGUAAAUGUUAAAUACAAAAAUAAUUCUCUUAAGGCAUUAUAUAUGUAAUACUGUAUAUAGUAUGAAUUUUAGAAUUGCACCAUUUUAGACAAAAGUAAUUGAGCUAGAAAAGUAGCGUUUGGAACCUCCCCGGUUUGCACUAACGUAUGCUGUUCUCUUGUCAAAACUCCACACACUCUGGGUUAGUGAAUAAACCGCUUACUGUCCCUUAAAGAUAAAUGGGGGUAUUUUAGUAUCUCUGAAUAUUUUAUCUUUCUUUCAUAGGUGUUUCAUCGACACCUCUAUUGGAAUUCAGAGAAUGGAGCCAGGUGUAGUUUUAGACUAGUACAGAGUAAUGUCCUUUAACGGUCAGUGCUUCCAAACUCACACUUUGCAUGGUGGAAUUGAUUAGAAGUUUAAACUGCAGCAUACAUGAUCCAUAAUUGGAAAUCCUGUAAAAGGAAGUCCUACUAUUAUGAAAGAACCAACAAUGAGUGUUCCAAACCCAACUUGCAAUUUAUACAUAAUUCAGUAUUGAAUACUUUGAAAGGUUAAGAUAUUAUUGUAUAUAAUUGUUUUUAAUUUGCACUUCACUGCCUGACUUUAUGCACUGAUGUCCAACGAGAUCCGAAUUAAUUGACCUCUUAAAGGCAGUAUUAAUCUUUUUGCCCGAUCUGGUCUGCUGGUGUGCCACUUGUAUUAAUGAAUAACUUAUUAAAUUAUAUUUAGCAAUGCUAAAGAAAGGGAAACAUAGCAAUGUAUUGCUUAUAGAAAGGUACUGAUUUGACUUUGCUGUUGAUAAAAUUAUAUUAAUGUGUGUCUAUAUGUGUAUCAUGCAAUAUAUAUGUAUUCUCUUUAUGUUCCCUUGGGAAUUUGAGGCAAUCCAAAUCCCAAAAAGGGCAUGGGGCAUACCCACAGGGAACAAAAAGCCCAUACCUGAGAUUUAAUUUCAGAAAUAAAUGUAUUUAUAGGGUCUUGGGUUAAAAUGCCAGGUUAUUCAAAUAACUACUGAGAAACUGUUCUUAUAACAAAAGGCAAACCAUAAACAUACCACACUAUGUAUGAAUUCUCUAACAUUUUAAUGAGCCUUUUAGAAUCGCAGACUAGCAAUUUGACAGCUUCAAGAAGAAAUUUAUUUAGAAUUGUGGCAACAUGAAUACAUAUCAAACUGGUUUAUAAUUAUUUGUUUUGCUCCAUUGUGUUGAAACAGAUGUGCACAUUUUGCUAUAGGUUACACUAUGCAUUUAAAGAAACAAUUUAGUGUUAGGAAUGCAUCUUUGUAUUCCUAACCCUAAAGUUUUCUUCUGCAUUCGGGCUUCCCAUAGAAAAGCAUAGCGUCGAUGCUACUUGAGCAAGAGACUAACAGUAAAUCAUUAGACUUGUUAACAAAACCAGGGAUGUGGCUGACUUCUGACAACUGCAUAUGUUCUGACAUUUAACAUCUCCUCUGUAAAAAUACAGGAUUACAUUUUGCACUAGACCAGAGUGUGCACAUUUUGUAGUAAAACAAGCCUCCUUUAAUGUCGUAAUGUUUGCAGAUACAGCCAAUAUAAGUGUAUUUCUCACAUUAUAUUCUGUUACAUAUCCUUGCUAAAACUGUAUGCUUGCAUCUAAUAAAAAUCAAAGGCUUGCAGUGGCUUGUCAGCAUUGUUUGUAAUUACGAAAUGUACAAAUUUUGUUUGAAUUGAUUGACCAUGUGGCAUUCAUUCAAUUCGCUUAAAAAAAAAAAAAAAUUUUUUAAAAAGUAUUAUGUUAUUGUCUUUGUUAAUGGGUUGCCCUGAUAUUUGACUUUGUGCUGUGAGUGAAGGGGAGGAGGUAACAAGUCAAAGCAAUUAUAAGGGCACAUCUCUUAGUUUGCCAAACCAAAAACAAGGUAUCUGAAAGGUCGUGAAGUUUACAUGGAGCUAUGUAGACAUUACCAUAUUUAAAAAAUGUGUUUAAAUUAGUGGUUAUGGUUUUCUUAUAUUUACUUAAGAAAAGUUCAUUUGUGCAUCUUGAAACCAGGCCAUGGUCCAGAGUUGUUACAGAUACAGUUUAUGUGGCUGUAAUCUGGGGUUGCUGGGUGGAAUGUCCCAUAGAUUAGACUUCUCUCCAUGUGUCCCGUUCAGACACAAGUUAUCUGACAAACCAUGACUUCAUAUAAAAUGCUGGCUGUUGUUAUAGGGAGUUGUGGUCUUAGAAGUUUGUGCUCUUGAGUGGAUUAUUACAUUGAAUUUAGGUAUCAAGUUGCAUGGGACCUAAGCAUGCUAGAUUCUUUAGAUAUUAUUUUAGGGUAUAUCUUGGGUCAGUGCAUUGAUACUCCAUACUCCUCCUGCUAAGUAAUUUCAGAUCGUUACAUGGGAUGUACCAGGGCACUGGAAUUGUGUAUUCUCCUUAAUUUUAAUAUUUACGUAUUUUUUUUCUUUCAGAAGUUUGUACAUUUCUCAUAAUACUAAUUCUAAAUAAAGUGUUUGUAUUGUAAUGGCAUUUGUCAUCUUGAUUUAUAAAUAUAUAUUCUUUCUUUUUGCUUUAUUGCAUUAACUUGGCUCACACCAAAUUAAAAGGCUAAUCCAGAUGUGGACCACGUCCUCACUGUGUCUAGAGAGGUAUGCGCUACACCACACUGAUGAGGCCCAAAAGUAGUCUGAAACAAUCAUCUGGGGUUGCUGUAUCUCUCGCGCAGAGAGAAUUUGCUUGCAUUACGGAUCUGGACUUCCUGUACAGGUGGGACCAGUCUGAUAUGCUUCAGAUAUGUUCUCUCUGUAAUGGCACACGUGAGCAAAAACAAAUUGGAGACCUGAGCAGGGAAUUACCAAAGGGCAAGCUAUUGAGUCUUUAAGCUUUUGUCAGUUCUCACAUUCUUUCUUUUAAUUUAUAAAUAUACCCCAAUUAAAAAUAAAAAUCUAUGGUUGGUGCAUUGCUAAUCGACCUUGUAGAUAAACAAAGUGUACCUGCAAAAGUAGAUUAUAAAUUUCCUAGCCUUUCAGAUGGCACAAUAUAAAGGAAGUUUAGAUUAGGAGAAAAGCCAAUUUAAAAUAUAUUCUUUGCCCCACCUGUCAAGUCUGACUGACAAGGAAAAUUAGAUUUUCCACAGGUGGUUGUCCUGCUCUCCAAGCAUAGCAACCACUGGAUAUGUGCUGUGAUAGCUUUUGGUUACACACUACUGAUGUCUCUCCAUUCAGACACCAGCAUACUGGCAACAAAAGCAG